GCCGUCUCCGGGCCGUUGUUAUUCCUCGUCGUCGGUUCAGUUGCCCGACGAUAUUCGAGUGCGUCGGUCGGUUUUAUGCGUGUUUUCGCGUGGUCCGGCGUUCGUAUUUAUAAACUUUUGUGUGUAUAUUUUUCGGGGGUUUUUUUUUUCCCGUACGUUUUUACCGUGUAUUUGAUUACUAUUUAUAAACCGUGUAAUUACGCGACCUUCGAUAUAUAAUAUACCACCGUCGCAAAGCCCAUACCGGUGAAAUGUAUAAUAGUUUUAGUAAUAUUUUUUUAUUAUUUAUUAAUAGUUUCGGUGUUUAGCCCGUAAAAUAAUCCAAUAUUUAUUUUUCGUGCGCCGGUCACGUUUUACUGACUUUUUUUUGCGCGUGUCUGUCCGUAUCCAAGGAGUGCCGACCGUCGUCGUAAAAACGAUAAUUAAUUAGGCUGUGUAACCUACGUUCACACUGGUCGCCGCCACCCCGUGCAGUCGAUAAAUGGAAGUUAGAACGACGACGACUGUAAUAUUGUCGCCCGCGUAUAACUAUUGUUGUUACCGCGACUAUCAUUACACUAGAACGGCGGUCGAUUCGAAGUAAGAAUGCGCUACAUAUUUGAAUAACAAUAAUACUAUUAUAAUUAGCUAUCCAUUUACUUGUUGCACCACAGUAUUCAAAUCUUAUUACGCGCGUAACACCAAAUAAUCGCUGAUAGCGUAAUUAUACUACAGCCCGGGAUAAUUAUUUACGGUUACGGUAAAUAUUGUGUGUGUGUGUGUGUGUUAGCCGGCCAACUUGCAAUCAUUGUUCGGUAUUCCCGUGUCACCCUCUACAGGAAUUCGACCGUAGGAUGAGUCGUUCGCCGGAUACCGCCGAAACCACUCCUCGACGAUUAUUUCAGGGUUAAUUCGAAUAUUAUUCGUCAUUUAUCGAGAAUCGCUCGGCUCCCGCAAACGAGCCCGCCGUGUUGUCGCGACCCGGUUUCCCAAAGACACCGUUUUUCGUUAUUUGGGAUGGAAUUAGUUUUUGACCGGUCGCGAGUACGUGAAUGGUUUUCGGAGGUGUGUACAUACAUGCGUAAAUAACGCGCGUGUUGUAGUAGUGUGUUAUUAUUAUCGGGCGGGACGGGGUGGUUAAUCGUUGUACGGAGUGAUCAUAACGCGAUGUCCAUUUAAGAAACGCGUUGUUAAAAUGUAUACCCGUCUCAGUUGUGUGUUUAUUAUUAUUUGUCGUACGCCGCGCGCACGUUGGGAACCAUUGGCGGCCGUACCUAGUGUGUUGUUAUUAUUAUUAAAGUGGUAUUUUUGUUGAGGAUUUUUCAACGUUUUGUGUACACCGGCGGCCACGCCGCACGUCGUCGUAGCCGGCCAUAGCUUGUGUAAACGUUGUCGUUGUCGCCGUACGGCAGACAAUUUUCAAUUUCAUUAGCCGACGUUUUUUCAAUAGAUUACCACCGCGCCGCGUGAUUUCAACGCGUUUAACCGAAACCCGCAGCCGUCGUCGCCGCCACCGGGUAACGUUAAACCGCGAAAAGUAGCCCGCGGAGUCGUCACGAAAACGUUGUGGAGAUUGUAUAGGUACUGCGGGGCGGGUACCUAUUACUAUUAUUAUUGGACCUAGGCAUAGGUAUCGUGACGUAUGAUAAUAAUAUCGAACGCUAAAAAUGAUAACGGCGAAUUUUCGCCAUGUAUUUCGUUACCGCGUGACUACCGUCGCUAAUUCGCGUGUAUCCAGUGAUGAAAUAUGCGUCGAAUCGAUUGCGAUGUGACUCGAUGCACCUGUCUCGUAUUAACGUUUUCCGAUUAGCACAUUAUAUUAAUAAUAUAUUAUUAUUAUCUCGUAUUCUUUAUAUAUAUACACGAACCCGUCCGAUUUAAUAAUAAUCCGCUAUGUUCAAACCCACCGCCUCUCCUCCGCAACUCGUUUAAACCGAAUCGAAUACCUACGAUAAUAUUUAUAUCCAAACAGUUGACGAUGAAUUAACCGAGAAACGACGUAUAUUUUUGCGAUUAUUUUAAAUCUCCGUAAACCCUUUAUAACCGUAACAACAAUAUGAUGUACGUAUGCUCAAAAUAACAAUUAUAAACUAAUAUUAUUUUGUUCUGUUAAAAUAAUACUAUUCAAUUCGAAAUAUUCGACGAACAAACAGCGGUAGUUAAUAUAUUAAUUUUUAGGUAACAACUACUGUAUUGCAAUAUUAAUAAACAAUUACAAAAGUAAUCAUAUUAAUCGCGUGCCCGAUUGUUUACAAUAUUAUUAUCGAUGUGAUGAUAUAGAAACAAUAAUAAUAAUAAUAAUAUAAAAAAAAUAUAUCAAAUGAAAUUAACAAUAUUUUUUUUCGUAUAGUAUUCUAAAAGCAUAUUUUCGUCGGCGAAUACUCUGCGAGUUGUCCACCUUAUUUUCGCAUAACAGGGUGUUGCGUGGCCUGAACAAAUUUAUACUUUGAACCUUGUAUUACUAUUUUCCAUAGGUGCCUCCCCACGCACGUCUCGGUACUAAAUGAUCUAUUUCGAUUUUCGGAAAAGUUUAAAUAAAACAUCUGGGUUAGGAUCAAAGACGUUUUUAAAAUUAUUAUAGUUUCGCUAUAGAUCAACCCGGAUCAACCGGUACGUUAGAAAUAAUACACGCCCGAAUUCCUAAAACUAUAACCAACUAUGAAUAAUAUGACGUAGCUAAAAACGCGAUCUGUGGACCAAAACCUAAACGCGUUCCGUUUGAGGAUCUAUGUAUAGUAGCGUGAGAACUUCCAGAGGUGCGAGGCACUGGACAUACUUAUGUACAGUCUGCGAUACCUUUCGGCCGUUCCUGUCGUCUAGGGUUCACAGUGACGUACCUACAGCGUUUGAAAAGAGGAAUCUUCGUCAUAAAAAAGGUCCGGAUUCGAUAAAAUCUGAUGGUUAACUAUAGUUACGUGCAAUAACAUAUGUACUGACCUAUUUUAUGGUUAAUAUUUAGAUUAAUUAAACGAUUAUUUUGGUAUAUUUCAAGAUUAGAACUGUUCGGCUGGUGUAUUCUUCAUUUUUUUUAUUUGUUUAACAAAAACGCAAUCUAACUCCACCAGAAUUAAAAACGUAUAAAAUUAUUUACUAACGUGAUAGCGACGAUAGAAAAAAAAAACCAUUAGGUUUCCAAUUCAAGCGCGAUGACGGAGAUUUUAAUCGCGUCUGUCGUAUUAAUUUAUUGCAUCAGCUGCUUUAGGUAUUAGGUUUGAUUUAUCGAUCUCCAAGGGUUCUCUAGACAUUCAGUGUUGAAAAUUUUAGGACGUGUUUUUAGGGUAAAAUCUCGACGUUAUUUUAUUAUUAUUAUACACCGUAGAUACCCCAGGACGUUGCGUUCUCCUUAUAAUCCGGUACUUACGUGUGUCAUCACGUCGUUGGGUCGCAUUUUGGCCCCCUCCCCGCGCCGUAAACGAUCUCUUGGUAGUUUUGCCAGAUACGAAUUCUCUCCAGCAAACCGUCUACGAAGAGUCCUCAUCCGCUCGGCAUCUCGGAUGUUUUAUUUACAUUUCAAAAUACGUGCCAUAUGCCGAAAUCGCUCGAUUUUUAUGUAUAAACUUUAAAUCAAUAUUUCUACAAUAUUUUGAAGUAUAUUUCUGAUGUAACGCGUAUAUUACAGGCAACCGAAAAUAGCCCGUAUAAACACAAAUUAUCAUUAGUUUUACUACUUUUCGGUUAAUACAAAUUAUUCAAAUUCUUCAAAAUAUCGUACAUUAAAAGAUGCGUAUUUUUCCUCGGGUGGUCCUCUAUUUUUUUGUUUGUUUUAUAUUCCAAUUGCUUAGGAUACAAACAGAUAAUUUUUUAUCAUGAGACAGUGGUCCUGAUUGAACAUAUCAUGACGUACCGACUGAACUUAAUGACGUGAACCGACGCGGGGGUUGGUCGUCAAAAAGGUCGCGACAUCAUUUUCGGUUUAGUGUUGGUUUAAUUGUGCGAUAGGAGAGUUUAGAUGUUAGACGGUUGGGAAACGGAAACAAAGUCUGCACAAACUUGAGUGCCUAUAGUUUUGUCAGAGCAGAAGUUAAUAAAAGAUCGGUUUAUUACAGAAUUUAUUCUUCAGUCUGUUAGGAUUAAAAUGUAUUUUUUUUUUUUUUUGUUGCGAGGAUAGAGGAGACACAGCUGUCUAAAACCGUUAUUUUAAAAACAAUACGCAAUAUUGAAUAUGGGUUUCGCGGGUUAGCCGGUGGUCUAGAUUUAGACCUAAGUGGCGUAAGGUAAGUAAAGGUAAGUUACUGGUAUACAGAAUAUACGUCGUGACGCGUCGGUUGUAUUUUUGUCUACUACAUAAAGGGAAAAGAACGACCGAUAUAACUCUUGCUAAAUUACCGAGCGCCGCUCAGAACCGUUUUUUUCGAUUACAACGAUGCUUUCGGUGUGUAAACUAAAUUAUGUGUAUCGCCAUGUGCACAUCUCGUAUUCCUCGCAAACUUUGCGCCUGUACGACAGUGGGCUUCCCGUGGCGCGUAACGUAUACAAUAUUAUGUCCGGUUUAUUUGAUUUUUUUAAUUUACGCGUUUAAAACGUAAAAAUAAAACAGCGGAAUUAGCGGACCUGUAAGUUUUCUUUUUAUCGGCCGCGCGUUCGUUCCCAUUGUUUUUAUCCGGUUCCUGUUGUGUUGUGUGUGUACACUAUUAUAUUAUAUCCGACGUGUAAAGUUUACGGAACAAUGCACCGUAUAAUAAUAGAGGAGAAAAUAAUUACAUUUUUUUUUUUUAUGAUUCGGUCUUUUACUUUGUUUUCUUAAACAUCAACCGCGUCCUUGGUCGACCGGCAACGACAACAGUGACGACGACGACGACACCACACAUCGUACAGGCACUUUAUAAAAUUAUAAUAAGAGAGGAUAUCAUAUAUUUUCUUUUUUUUUUCAGAACAAAAAUAUUCUAUUUUUGUAUCGAUUAAUAAUUAAACUCCGUCGUCGAUAUAAUUCAUUACACUUUCUAAAGCUAUACACAAUAUAUACUAAGUAGAUUUUUUUUUCUCAUUCUGUUAAUCGAUCUCGCACACGUUAUUAUGUGCCUUUACCCACCCGUAUAAUGUAUAUGUUAUUGUAACGCACGUGAUUAGCGUAUUAUGGUAUUUACUAUAGAUAAUAAUACUGUUUGUAAUGCAUUUUUGUAACGAUUGCGUUUUAUACGGAGUUGUUUUAUAUGUAUUAUUUAUGAUUUUUGUGCGUUUCGCUAUCGAUUUCACCCGUCGGAAACGUAUACUUACGUUCGUACAGUUUUGCAAAUCGUGUACCCGAUGUUGGAUCGUUGAAAAUAUUAUUAUACGUCGUCAAUGCUAAACGGUUUUUAGUUUUCAAAACCGAAGAAUCAACGCGAUAUUCAAGCGCUCUGCGGGUUUAAUUUGCGCUAAUUGGCUUAUAGACAAAUAUUGAUUUUUACGCAUUCUGUCACUGCCCAAAAAUAAAACUGCGAUAAAUGGCGUUAAUUAAGAGACGGGCAGAUAAUUAUUUGAUGUUUGUGCGUGUAUUUAAGCCAAAAAAGUACAAGUCUAUUUGCGCGCAUAAGACCGAACAUCGUUAAUGCGGUUUUUUUCGUCAUUGUCCCCGCUGUAUUAUAGUUGUCGAUUAUUAUUUUAGAAUAAUAAUUUUAGAAACGUAAUGUUUAUUAUUAUUAUUAAUAUGUUUUAUCCCGUUGUCAAAAUCGGGUGGGAAAUCGUCUAAUAUGAUAUGUCUACCGAAAAAAUAUUAGUCUAAUAUGAUACCUACCCGGAUAUGUGUACCAACGCAGAUAUGCGAUCAGUCCAAUAAUAUGAUAUACCUUCUAACAGACCUAAAUAUUAUAUUAUACGUAUUACACAAUUUACACGCAAUAAUACUUAAUUUUUUUCCGCAGGAAUAUCCAUUAGAUUAAUUGUUCAGUUGUAAACAACUUUUAUAUCGCGUAAAAACGAUUCAAAUCUAUUAAUAAGAUUGAUGGAUCAACGCACCAUUUUUCUUUUCAAUUAUCUAACAAUAAUGCUUCCCAUUAUAAAUUGGAAUAAACUAUCAAAAAUCUCAAAUAACAAAUAACUCCCAUCAAGAGAAGAAUAUCUGCAGAUAUUUUGUGUUUACAGAUUUGGCUUAAUAAUUGUUCGCAAUUAUUGUUUUUACUUUUUUCUGUAGGUAUCUGAUUAAUUCAAGUAAGAUAACAAUAAUUGUAAUUUCUAUUUUGUAAGUAACCAUGUACUAAUAUCAUAUCCCAGUAUAGGUAUUAUAUUAGACUAAGACAAUUUUGGGUGUAGUUAUCAUAUUAUAUUAGACGAGUACCCAAAAUCACUUACAUGCACAUUUUCAUGUGUAUUAUAAACGUGUAUUCCAAAAAAAAAAAAAAUGGUUUUGUCCCUUCCUUUUAAACGAACGGGUAUCGGACAAUAGAUUAGGGGACAAGUCUUAUCGUUGAAACGUAAAAAAAAGUUUGAGAAAAAUUUAAAAAACCGUCAUCUACAAUCCUCUUUUAAACCAAAGUUAAAAUAGAAAAAAAAAAUAUAAUAUAUACAUCUAAUAAUCGUUUGACUUAUAUAAUAUUUUUGGUUGGAAGACAGCGUCUGUGGGCGAUUGAAUCGAGUCGGGUGCGAAAUAAAAAAACCUUUCCAUAAAUCCCAUAAUAAUAUUCUGUAUAUAUUAUAAUAAUAUAAUAUAAUAUUGUCGUUACAUAAACUACUAAUUGCAGCUCGACUGUUGUACUGCUUUAUAUUUUUGGUCUUUGAACUAUGCAGCGUUUCUUAACACGACACAUUUUUUAACCUUUUUUUUUUUUUUCUUCUCGUAUUACGUUGAUACAUAUAUAAUUAUUUUAUUUCAGUUAAUGAUUUUCCUAGAAUAACAUUAUCAAAUUAUGAUAGGCGUCAAUAAUUUGAUAGUACUCUCGUAUAUACACUAUAAUGUAUUACAAAAUCUUUCACGUUAUAUUAUAUUAUACGUUUAAUACAUUAUACGAGUAUAGUGGUAUAAUUAUUAAAGAUAGUCUCAUUACUGUGUAUCAUUAUAAGUCACAGAAAUAUAAUACCGACGUAAUCCGAGUUUCGCACAGUUAUCCCGUGACCAAUUAUUUUGAAAUAUAAAAUAUGUUCCAAUGUAUUAUUUUAUACGUAUAAUUGCACAAUAUUACGCGGAUAAAUUUGUAUACGAAGAACAACCGUAUAAAUAUACUAUAAUAUCGUCGUAAAAAUUAUAAAUAAAUAAGUUGAUAUGUACACACACAAAUAGAGUCGUAUAUAUUAUUAUUGUAAAGAACAUUAUUAUACUGAAAGAGAAAAAGUUAGGUAAUUUGUGUAUUGUCAGCUGCCGCGUGCUAUAUAUUAUUAUAGAGUCCUUGAGAAGAACUCUCGCUCACGUUAUCUCUGAACAAUGUUUACGCCGCCGCGCGUACUUUAAAGUACGGGUAUAAUAUAAUAAUAUCUUAUCGUUUCGAUAAAAUAAAUAAAUCAAUCGAUCCGAUCCGAAGCCCAUCCAUCUUCGUGCAGUAUAAUAGGUACUACGAGAUGGUGUAAAAAAAAAAAAAAUAAUAAUAUGUAUAUUUAUAAUAUUAUAUUGUUAUACAGAGAUACUCGUGGUACAUCGCGAUAUUAAGAAGAGACCUAAUAAAACAUAAUAUGUUUGGAUGGCUAAAAUGAUCAAAAAAUUAGAAGCUAUUGCGAUGUGCCGCCGCUAUACGGAUAACUGGAAACGUACGUUUGUAGCCGCGAUUACUACCGAGGCGUUGGACACGUGUCUCGAGACACACCCGGACUAGCUGCAUAAUAAUUGUAGAGGAUUUAUGAAAUUUCAAACGGACUAAAAACUAGUGAGGCGAGCAAUCGAUUUAGAACCGUCAGUCGAAGACCCACGGGACGAAAAAAAUCACUCGUCAAUCGCCGUUGCAGUUGUGCGGUGUAUGCACGUAUACCGCACGGUAGUAGUAUAUGGAAUUUCCGGUUGCCCGAGGAUUCUCGCGAGGUAUUAAUAACGGCGAUAGGUGUAUGACAUUAUUAUUUUCGAAACGGUCGUUUAGCGAACGCGCAAAAAGAGAAUAGAGAGCGGUAGAAAAAACGUUUUUUUUUUUUAAUUUCUAAAAAAGACCGUCAUCCAAAACCGAUUUGCAAUUUCCUGUCGGCCGCGCACACCGCCGCUUCUGUACGCGUUCGGUGUGCGGUUCUUCUUCUACGCGGCACGGAGGAAGGUGUCCGCUCGGCUUAUUGCCGCCGCCGCUCCGCAUUAGUCGUCACCGGUGACGACGACGACGACGACGGCGGCGGCUUCGACUUCGACUACUACAACACUGCUACUAUUACUAUGCUACGGUAUAUUAUUCUUGUUCGGGUUCAGUAAAUAUAAUUUCCGGUUUGGGUUUUUUUUUUCUCUCUGCACCACUACGGACGGCCACCGUAUUUCGCCUCGUAUAAUAUAGUGUAUAUUUAUUUAUUAUUUUUUUUUUUUUCAUUCGUAUACGCGCGCACCAUGAGAACCACUGCGGCCGCGUACCGGUCAUUGUCAUUGUCGACGCCGUCGCCGCCGCGGCAGUGCUCAGGUCCAGCUACACGCGCACACACGCAUACGAUGUUAUACGUAUACGCACACUACGAAACGGGGCAGCAACAGAAAACCGUACCAAAACGACGUGAAUCGGCGGCGGAUGUGUCAACCGUCGUCCCGUCUUUCUCUGUCGCGGGCCGGUGGUGGUGGCGAGCCGACGCCGAGCCGCGCGCGCACGCAUUCCUACGGAAACUUGGUAAAAAUUCGUCGUGGCCCGUAUUUUUACAACGCUGCCCCGUGGCCCGUCUACGAAAUACUAUGCGCACAUGGGCGUUUUUCGUUUCGCAGAGUUUUUGUGCAACGCGACGAAUAAAUCUCCACUAUACCCGCGCGCGGGUCCGUUUUUUUCUUCACCUGUCGUCGGCCAAAAACGAUUACGUACAAAUGGUAUUUCGGUAUGCUUUACAGGGCGAUCCAUUUAUCGCGUACCUACCAGCGUUAUUCUUUUCGGACGAUUUCGAGUGGAUUUGUUCUGUUUUUUUUUUUUCUGAAUUUUUCACACUCUAACUCCUUUUCACCUUAAAUCCGUAUACACUUUUGGUUUUCGAAUUGGAAACCCUUCCACUCCUUUGUAAACAAAUAUUGGGAUAGAAAAUUAUUUUUUCAGAAAGGGUUGAUUUGCAUAUUAUACCCGCUAAAAUCGGAUUUAUUGUUCGAGUUAUAAUUGUUUUUAACGUUUGGACCGGAGAAGCAGAGAAGUGAUAUUUUAGGUAAUUUUUCAUCUAAAAAUGGAUUAUGAUGUAAAGUUUAUUAUAAUUUCCUAUUUUUCCAAUAUAAAUUUUAAACCGCGGAUAACUUAUAAACGGUUUAUAUUAGCGUUAUGCGUUUACAAUUUUCUAGAAAAAUGGUCUCCGUUCAAAUUUUGUUUUAAAAUUCGUCCCAGAAAAUCGUCGGUCGAUAUAAAUCAUUAUCACUAUUUAUAAUAUAUUCGUAGUUACAACAUGGUACAACGAAAUACAUAUAAUGUAUAACCCAAUUAUAAUAGACGCCGAUGUUAUUUCCUAUGUAUAUAAUAUUAAGAGCUGAAAGCGAAGCCAUACGACAAUUAACAUAUAUGUAGAAAUAAUAUUUUGCAUUUAAAAACCAAUUCCAGGAUUAAAAAAAAAUAUGUCAAGCAUAGUUUUGCGGGCCAUUAUUGUAUCUCGGAACAGAAUAAAAAAAAUUGUGGGCAUUAUCAUUUAAAAUUUGAACAGAUAAAUCGUAUUGAAUGAAUAGCUAUAUAAAUGCACAGAAGUAAAAAUCGUCAAAAAUUCAGUUUUAAAAAACAAAUGUUAUGAAUUAUGUGUUUUGAAUUUUCGUUAUAUAAUAAUGACGUGUUUAACCCACUCCUUAAAACAAAAACAAAAAACAAUUUUACUUACGGAUAUUGAAUAGAACUGCAGGUUAUUGCACAAGUCCAAUCAUAAUAUACCGAUUACUGAAACGCUCUGUAUUCCUAUACGUAUAUACAACGCGUAUAUUUUAUCGUAGGGUAGUAUAUUUAUAUACGCGGCGAGUCCAUUACACGACGGCUGGUGCUGCAGGCGGCUCGAUGCGAACGAGCAUUUUUCCAUUAGAUUUUAUUCUAUUUAAUUAUUUUUUUUAUGUCCACGCCUAAAAUCAUGAUUUUGUUGCUGCGGUUUCGUCCGUCCAUACAGUCCGCACGAAAACCGGGCGUUUCGGUACGAUUUUAUUUUUAAUAAUACGCGAUACUAUAUCAUAGUCACGUCGUUAGGUUAGGUAGGUACGUUUUUUUUUUUUAUUUCUUCUUUUUUUUUUUUCUGUUGCUGUCGUCCCGACUCUCGGGCGUAAUUAAAUUUUUAAAGGCCAACCCCAGUGCGGGGAAAACUAAAUACGAACUUACCUACCGUCGACGACGCGUAAUUAUUAAUAUAUCGCUAACCGCAUUAUAACGAGAAAAAUAGCUAAAAUGCUUUUAUUUAAUGUACUUAUAUAUAUAUAUAUAUAUUUACGCGCAAUAAGUUCGUGCAAAACACGAUGAUGACUAAUUUGAAAAAAAUUCGCCUCGGGGAUGCUAUGUGAUAUGUAUACGUGUGUGUGUGUGUGUGUCCGUGUGUAUUCGCGUAUUCGAGAUACACUAUAAAGGUGUACUUAUUCAACCUUGUCCGACGUAAAAUAUAAUGGUAUACAUAUACGUAGGUAGGUAAAAAUUGUAUAAUAUUUACGUGCAUAUAUAUGCUGUUUGAAGCCACCGCCCUUAGGGUUUUAUCCGUAUUAUAAAUGCCCGUCAUUAGGGUGGGCUAACGUGGUUUUUGUUUAUAAUAUUACUCUCGUUUAUAUUGCGUAUAAUAAUACGGGGAAACUGGUCGACCCCUAUCAUAUUAUAUCUAGCUGACAGUAUAAUGUACAACAUAAUAUUAUUGUUUCGAGGGUUUUUUUUUUUCUUUCGAAAGUAGUAGUAUUCGUAGUAAUCGUAGUAAUUUAUUAAUUGAACGAAAGCCCCUGCUACUAUAAUAUAAUACCUCUAUACACCCGAAUGUUAUUCUCAUAACCCCCCCCCCCUCUCCGUACAGUAACGAAAUGAGAAUUAUUUCGUUUAGUUGCUGCUGCUGCUGCUGGUACAUCUCUGCAGCAGCGAUCAAUCCACAUCCGACCUCGUUUGUGUGUGUAACGUUUGCAGCUGUCUGUAUUUUUUUUUCCUGUCCCUUUGUAAGGUAUUUGUGUAGGUAUACUAUAGAGUAUAGGGUACACCUAUACAAGCUAUAGCAUUCAUCAUAUUAUGAUGACCAUGCCCUCGGAAUGCGUGUGUUCUGUGUAUAGAAUAGAUACCUAAACUGAUACAGGUUUUUAUUCGAGGGCAAUCCGAGAUUUUAUACAAGUAUACCUGACCCGUUUUUCGUGAUUCGAUUUAUUUUAUUUUGAAUAUCGAACCUAAAACCCAAUUUAGAUUAUUUACUAUUUAUUGUUAUUUUUCACCCGAUGCACGAUCGCGUAAAUUCAAGAAAACAUGAUUGGAUGAUUAUUAUAAAAUAAUUACGAGAAAUAAAUACCUAAUCAUUUUUGAAAUAUAGAAACACUACAAAUUACAUUUUAAACGAUGUUCAUGCAUCGGUAAUUUAAAUUGGAAAUUAUAUUAAUUUCAAAUUUUAAAAUAAAUUAUAAUUGUUCGUGUUUCUAACGAAUUUUAAAUUUCACCCGCAUGUAAAAAUAAAUUGUAUUACAUAUGAUGAUCCGAAUAAAAACAAUAAUACUUCGAACAUUUCUAAUAACUCUAAAUAAUUUUAAAAAAAAGUUAGAAUAUUUUGAGAAUUGGAUAGUCUAGAUAUAGUGUUCAAGUACAAGUACAAGUGAAAGUUUCGAGUCUUUGCGAUUAUUUUUUACUCAAUUACAACAAAACAACUAAAUCGAAAAUAACUGAUUUCGUUAUUGUGUACAUUUUCUCGUUUUUCCGAUGGGUUUUCCCCGUUACUAAGAAAGUCACAAGGCAAAUAAAAAAAAUUACUCUCCCAAUGUACUGUCUAGAAAAAAUGCAACCAAAACCCACCCCUGACGUUGACUAUUGGAGACCAGAUGUCAGUUAAAUUAAAAUGACUGCUAUGUUGCGUGACGUUAUAAUAGUAGAUAACAAAAAUAGUGCCUAACUUAUUAAUUUUAGUUGCAGUAAACCCGCUAUGGUGUAAUCGUAUAAACAAAUUGAUAUUAGAGUAUCGAUACUUGCACGAGUUUUAUUUGUAUGUACAAUUGCGAAACAGUACUCUGAUAGGGUGUAUUGUUCUGGUCGUAUGCGUUUAGUUUAAUAAUUAUUUAACAUUAUUAUAGUCGAGUUUCCUUUGUUUUGUAAAAUAUAUUAUGCUAUACAUUAUUAUUAUUUCUAUAAUAUGUCUCGUACCUACUGCUAAUAUAGGUAAUUUAACCGAAUAAAGUUAAUUUUAUUAAUAUAUGUACCUAUGUAUACGCGCGCCGUUUUUAUUGAAAUGCACUGCAAUUAUUUCUAAUGUAUUUGAAUUCGGCGUUAUGCACUUCGGUUGGUACCCUUUGUACAUAUUAUAAUCGUUAAUACGAGAACAGUGUAAUGCUGUGUGUGCAGUGUAUAUAUAUAUAUAGGUACAUAGGCACGCAAAUUACAAUUUUUGUGUAUAUCUGUAUAAUAGUAUGUAAAUGGCUGAAACUUCCGGUGUUAUUUUGGUAAUUCGACCGUCAUUUCCGAUACACGUUGGCAACGUACAACGAUAUUUUGGGUCUUCGUGCGGUUUUUUUUUUUUUUUUAUUCAUGUUAUUUCAAUGGAAUACGAACGGUUACGAAUAAUGUUGUUUUUACUACCAGAACGUUUUAUACAAAUAUUCUCGAAAGGUUGUAGUUUAUUUUUAUUUGUAAUCGUAAACCGUUUUAUAUCCGAUUUAAUAUAACUGCUUGUACAAGUUUUAAAUCCUUUACGCGGAUCUUGGUAGAAAUCUAUGAGGGUGCAAAAAUUAUCAUGAUUCCCGAACCUGCGAGGACCUACGCUAUCCUAAAAUAUCUGACCGCCUAAUAUUUUAAAACUAUUACCACAAAUUUAGCAAACUGAUUAACAAUUUUAGUGUUUUUAUCAAAUAAAAAUUCCAUAUUAUGCUGUCUAAACAUAACAUAUUAGUUGUUUAUACUAUAGUUUAUUUAUUUUAAUAUUUUUGUCUGUUGUCUGUGAGUACGAAAUUAAAUUUUGCCACCAUAGAAGAAUCCCCUUUGGUACAAAUGCAUUGGUCUCUAUCCAAUGCCGCCACUGUUUUAUACUUACUUAAAAUGUAUCUAUAGAAAAAAAAAAACUAAUGAAUUCUGUUGUUUCACGACAGUCUUUCGACUUUUUCAGGAUUUCAGUGGUAACACGGGUAUCGGGGAAUUAUAUAUGCGAGUGAAGAUAAUAUUUUUUUUAUUUACCUGCUGUAGUUUAUUAUAGUUAUAUUUUCAAUGGGAAUAUAUACUACGUGUAGAUAAAAAGUCGGAAAUAAUAUUAUUAUUAUUGGUUGAUUCAUUGUUAAAAUGAUAUUUGCCGCAAGGUCGAUGGUAGGUACUUUCAUGAAUUUUAAUCUACGAUUUAUUAUUCUAUUAUCUAUGCAUUAUACCGUAUAUUAGAUAAUAAUAAUAUGUAUAGCUGACAAAGCUGUUAAAUAAUAUUUAUUUGAUAUUCGUGUAGGUAAAUAGUUUAAAUUUGCUGAAUAGGAUUGUAAAAAUAAGUUAUGUAGAAGUCGGUAUUCCCAUGCGGUCUCGUAUGUUGUAUAAAACCUUAUGUACAAUUGUGCGAUGUUAUUAUUUGUCCGUUAUUAUAGAGAUUAUUUUUAAUAAGUCAGUAGUUGUGCCUACAACUAAUCGGAUUCUUAUAACUUAAAAUAAUAAUAUCAUCGUCCUUGUAUAGAAAUUGUAAUCUAAAGAUCGUACCGAAAGCAAAAAAAAAAAAAAUCUAAGAGUCUAAUUAAAAAAUAGGUUAAUUAAUUAUAAAUACAUAUAGAAAAAAACCCAUAUAGUGGACGUAGUAUAUAGUAACUAUCUACCUAAAUUCAAUUUUAUUAAGAAAAAAUGCCUACGUAACUGUAAAAAUUAAGUAGGAUGAGUAAUUUUUUUUUCUAAACCAGUGAAAUUUGUACGGCGUAAUUGAAUCUUUAUUUUUGUAGCAAACUAAUUAAAUGAAAUUCGACGAAAUAACGUGUUUAUAAAUACGUAAAAUACAAAAAGUUAAAAAUGUUAUAUUAUAACCAGGGUUUGGGAAUUAUAGCAUUUCAAAUUAACAAAACAUCGUUUUAAAAACUUCAUUAUAUACGUCUUUUAAAUGCUGAAAUUAGCAUUUAAUAAAUAUUUAAGAAGCAAAUAAAUUAGUAAAAACAUUUUUAAAAAAAAAAACACUUUUAAAUGCCUAGCAAUAACCGAUGCGACAAAUAAUUAAGAUAACAAAAACAAAAAACUAGGAGCACGUUGGAUAACAGAAUUACAAAGGCGAAAAUAUUUAAAAAUCUCGUAUUUUGUCACUGGCUUCUGUAAUCACAAAGUAGAAAAUAUGAAGAAAAACUAGUAAAAUGCAUAUUUUAAAAAAAAAACCUGUAAUAAGCGAAAACAGUACUUUCAAAUUUCAUUUUAAAUUCGUUGUAACAUGACAUAAAUUUCCAUUGGACUCUGGUAGAUUAAGAGCCGUUUUCAUAAACGUAAAUUUUUUAACAGAGUUUAUAAAAUAACUGACAAUUUUUUGUCGGUUAUCAGCCAUUAACUAAGUUUAAAAAUGAGAUAAACGAAAUUGUUUAUAUCGGUGAGAAUAGCCCUAAAAAAAAAUAAAAAAAUAAAAUAAAAAAAAUAAGCAAAUACUGUAAGUCUCAAACCCUGAUUAUAACAAUAGCUUGCAUUUGAAUAUUAAGAAGGAUAUAUAUAUUAUUCGAUAGAAUAUGUUUCAGUUUCAUUUUUUUAGUAAGUAUUACAUUUUUAUAGUUAUUACUUUGUUAAUGUGCUUAUGAAAUUUUUUAAAGUAACAUGUUCGAUUUUAAGAACUCGGGAUUUCGCUAAAAUGUUUUGAUUUUAACAGCCUCAAUAUACAAGUAUAUUUUAUUAUAUUAGGUAUUACCAUUUGUUUUACAAUUGAAUACUUUGCAAUAAAUUUAUAGGUGACUAUAAUAUAUACAGGUAACGUGUAAAUUCCUGAAUAAUAAUUUGUAUGCACCUAUACUAUAAUAUAUGAUGAUGACUCAUUCACUCACGUGUAGUCAUGACCAUGUUUUCAUCCCGCUAAUUUUGUGCAGUAAAAUUUAGGAUGACACGUAUACAUCUAUAAUACCAUCGCAUAUUAUUAUAAUAUUGUUUAUAGUUUUUACAUUAAUUAUUUAUACAUUACUAAAUACAUUUUUAAUUUAUAAUAUAUAAUCUGAAAUCGAUAUAUUUGAAGAUAAGAACGGUUUUUUUUUUUAUUCAUUUCGUAGUUAUAUCCGGUUAUGUCUUAUACGUAUAUAUGUAUAUACAGUUAUCAUAUCAAUUUUUUAUUGAAAAUCCUAUAAUUUUGGUGAAAACAUGUUUAGAAUGUAAGAUUAAUUUAAUCGUUUAUGUAGAUACUCGAUGACGAAUUAAUAGUUGAAUAGUACGAAAAGAAAUACCAUUAAAAUACAAUAUCUAAAACUGUAUUAUUUGUCUUUUAUCUUUUAUCUGUAAACGCAUUUUAUACGUCUUUAAACGGAGAUACAUAUAUAAUAAUAUUAUGGUCGUUAGAACGUUGUAUAAUCUAAGACAUUUUUAAAAAAUCGAUCCUAGUAUUUCGGCUUUUCGUUUACCAUAGGGUAUUAUAAUAAUAUAAUCUAACUUAACUAGGUACCUAUGCAUUAUAUUAUGCUCUCCAAGGCGAGAAAAUUAUUAUUAUAAUAAUAAUAUUAUACAGGUACUAACAAUAAAAGAGCACGUGUCUGAAUUUAUCAAACGGAAUGAACCACGCGCAGCCGGUUUAGUAAUAUUAUAUUAUUAUUGGGCACAAAACACGGUGAGCCUGGCCCGGAGCAAUAAACCAGUCUGUCCUAGGUAUACUAUAGUAACUGUAAUUUUUUUUUUCUCCCCGACUAUUUCCGUUGGAUACACUCGUAUACGUAUUUAUUAUUAUUGUAAUUACACGUAGGUGGGUUUCUCGGCCAAAGCCCAAUAUUGCGUGAUCUGUGUCAUAUAAAUAUAUUAUUUUAUUGGUACACAAAAGGGUUACACGAGUAUAUAUAGGUACAUACCAAUAUACAUGACUUGGCCGUGACUUCUCGUCCGGUUAGCGGUCGCUGGUGCAGUAAUUAUUGUGCACUUUGACAAUAAUAAUAUUAAUAAUAUAAUAUCAUAAUUUAAACGCGCUCGUAUUUUUUUCGUAUUUCAAAUCGUUACGCCCAGCUGUGGGUUUGACUGCAAAUAACGCUUAGUAUACGUUAUAGUAUAUAAUGUAAACCUUUGAUAUAUUAUGUAUUUUUCCGGUAUACCGUCAAUAACCGAAAAACCUAUAAAUUCGUUAACUGAUAACUAAUACGUUAACCUAUAACUGAGGGUGCAAAAAAGAAUUCCGUAAUUUUGAAACACCGUUCAGCGUAUUACCCAAUGUUAAUUACAUAUAUUGGGCCAGCGCAAAAACUUCACAUUUUACAAAACGGUACUAAACGGUAAACACUGUAACGGAGUUACAUUUCCCUAGCGACGGAUGGUAAAUUAACAACUCAGAAACGGGGGACAAAUCUUGAAUAUGGUACAUCUCGUUUGUGCGUUUCGGUUAAGUAUGAAACGCGAAGAAAAAUGACUUAAAAAAAAACUACCGACGAAUAAUGAGACGAGUAGAUCGCGUUCCCGUUGUGCAAACAAUGACCAAAUGAUUUAAAAUUUUAAAAAAUUUAAGUGGUUCGUAAACUAUUUUUUUAUGAUACCAAUUUGACAUUAAUUUUGAACGUAAUAUUUAUAAGUAUAAAACAAGGCAUAUGAACGUGUUUGUAAUUUUUUCACUUCCACUACACGUUUUGUACGGUGGGUGGCUCGAAAUCGUAUUAUUUUUAGGCCGCGUAUAACACGUGUUUUAAAUACUUCUGUGUAUAAUAAAUCGAGUUUUUUUACCGUCUGUAUAACCGCGACCUUCACGAAUUUUACGGAAAGUUUGCAGUAAUAAUCUGUUAUGUACACAGAUGAUGAUAAGUACCUGUAUAAGGUAUAGGAAUUACGCGUCAAAUCGCUCUCCACGAUUUGUUCCGCAAAACUCGUUUCAACAUUUAUAUUCUUGAAAUCGUUUACCUAUUAGUUUAUAUUAUUAUUGUACAUAAUAUAGAUGUACGAGAAUCGAUCUAUAGCGGUAAUAUCCUCCAGACUUGUAUUAUAUCGAACGUAGAAAACUUGCGACUGCAGAUAUCCGUGAUAUAGUUCAAUAUUAAACGUUACGCUCGCCGUUACCUAUAUUAUGCGUAUACGAGAUGAUGCGCAACGCUGUGUAUUUUUCUACAAUCCAACGUGUUACGCAUUUGGUUUUUUUUUUUUUUAUUAUUUUUCUCUACAGUAAACUCUGUCGUAUCACUAUCGAUUAUUAUAUUAUUAUAUUGCAGAGAUUCCGUUGCGUAUUGUGCGUGAGGUUUUAUAUUUUAUUUUUUAUAUAUUUUUUUUCUUAUUACGCCGCGCUUAGUGGCGUGUAUGUAGGUGAAACCGCGCAAAAACUCGUAUAAUAAUCCGACACCGCACAACUCGCAAGUAGGUCUCGAGCGAAUUAAAUAUUAUGACGACGACGUGCACCGCCGCGCUGCCGUUGUCUACAUCGACGUCGUCAUCAUCGUCGUGUUCUAUACGCGACUGUAGCAGCGUAGUAUAGUAUUUAAAUAAAAUUUCACUAAUAUUACAUUAUCGUGAAAACGAGAGAAUUCACAUAUUUAUUCUCUACAAUAUAAUAUAGUAUAUAGUGCAGGGGUCGGGAACCUGCGGCUGCUUUAUACAACAUGCAAUCUACGGCUCUUUGGAAAAUACACCAAUAUCCAGACAUUCCGUAGAAUCCACGAAAUAUAAAUUAAAAUUCGAUUUUGUGCCAACCGAUUCCCAAUAAAUUGCUUAAAAGAACGCCAUACCGUCAUCUCUGUUUCCGCGUCUUACAAACGCGAGACAUAAAAUCUGCGUUUAGUAGGACACAUUUUGUGCCGUUAGUUUUAAUAUUAAAGCAAAUUGAUCUGUUACCAAAAUUAAAGGUGAAAAGGUUAUAUGUGCUCUGUAGUUGAUGAUUUUUCGAUAUUUUUAUUUUUAAAUGAGACAUGAGCAUGUUAAAUAUUACAAUUUAAAAACGAUUAUAUCUUGCUUAAAAAUUAAAAUAUCGAAAAAUCACCAACAUUAGGGCAUGUAUAAUCUUCUUACCUUUAAGUUUGGUAGGUUAUAAUAGUUAAUUUGCUAUAAUAUUAAAACUAACGGUGCAAAAUGUGUCCUACUGAACGCAAAUUUGCUGUCUCGUGUUUGUAAAACGAAGACAGCCGAUAUCGGUGUGGCAUCCUCUUAAUAAAAUAUAUUAGUCGUUUUUGUACUAUGGUAUGUUUUUUUUAUCUCAACCAUUGGAGCUCUUUGAAAAUCAUGAUUUUGCAAUUUUUUUAAAAAAUUGCUCACAUACACGAAAAGGUUCCCGACCCCCUGGUAUAGCGUGACGUCGCGGUUUUCGUCAGGGGAGCUAUCUCGGAGCCCACGGUCGCACAUCGGGUGGUCGUUGAAUGACCCCUUUUCCUCGGUAAAUAUUAAAACGCAAAACAAUUUUUUUUUUAUUAUUAUUUUGAACUUAGACGCCCAACGUACAGGCUGAACGAUUUUUAAUUAACCCCCUCUCUCAAUUGACCUAACUCUGUAGCGAUUUGUAUUUUUCUUUACAGAUAUUCAGUAUUAUAUCUGAGUGUUUCACUAACUUCAUUACAAUUUGUCCCUUCCCCGAAAAUAACCGUAUGGGGGUUAAUGCUCAUCACGUUGGACCUUUGGAUUUUAUUUUUAUUUUCUAGCAUAUUGAAUUGAUAUAAUAAAUUCCACGUAUAAAACCUUCCAAUAUUCGUUCGAUUUCCUUUGUCUUUUUCACUCGCUUCUGACAUAAUAUCGUGUUGACCUUUAUGUUUCCGAUUUUUUCGGUCACGGGGCUUGCAGAAUAUAUACGCCGACGGUGUGUAUACUUUACAGCUUUAAUAAUAUACGUAUAUUAUUAUUAUAGACGGCAUAACCGUAAAUCGAGCCAUACUAUAAAACGCCUAUAUGUAAUAUAUUAGAUUUAUAAAAGGGAGAAGAAUAUAACGGCCGAGAAAUGUAUAUGGUCCGUCAGAUUGGAUAUGUCGUGUGUUGCGGGACGACGGUGUGUAGACAACAUUUGGAUCGUUGUAUGUCCGGCUGUAUUGCCAAAGUUCGCCGCGGAUGUACAGGGUAAUUUUUUUUAAACGCAAUUUUUUCGAACCAUACAUUUGAAUUUUAUUUAUUUUUUCAAUCGUUUCGUUUUAUUUCAAAACCGUUUCGAAGAUUUCUACCUGUGUCUCUUAUUAUUUACUCAUUAAUUAGUAUUAACUAUUGAUUUUAAAUUGACCCUAUUAUUCAAUAUUCAUUAAAAAUUCGAAAAGAGAAUAUUUUUCCAAUAAUGAUGUCCGGAUACACUUGAUAAUACGAGUUGUAUCAGUUUAAAAUGUAGAUAAGCGCCUGUAUAGGAAAGGGUAACAAAUUUCGUAUAUCCGUUUUUAGAUGAUAAUAUUUUGCCUCUUUCUCAAUCCUUCCGUAUAAAUGUUUAAAUUUUAAAACUGUAGUGUUGUGAACAUUGAUAUUUUUAUGAAGAAUAUUGUCUUUUCGAAUCUGCGUGAUUUGAAAAGGGUGGGUUAUUUUAAAUAUAAACUUUUAUAUAUAUAUAUAUAUUUAUGGUGUACGGAAUAGAGGUAAUGUUUUGAAAAUAUCGUAAUUAUUAAGAUCGUUAAACGAUUCUGUAAUAAUGAUUGAAAAAAAACCCGAAACCAAUUUCAUACGAAAAUUCCGUAGAUAAUCGCUGGAUUAUGUUAAAAGAACUACCCUGUAUACGUAUAACUCUCCCACAAACUAUAAAAACAUAGCGAAACACAUGAAAAUAUUAUAACCUUUUAGUCGACCGGAUUAAUGUAAUUUUUCUUCUUAAUGCUCCCUAAGCGAAUACCACCGCGACGGAAGGAAGGACGGGGAAGCGCGGCAGAGCACUAAGGGGUAAUUGGCAAUUUCCCAUGCCUUUCACGUGAAAUUACUUUAUUUUAUUAUAUUUAGACGGUGGUUUUCAACGGUUUAUUUUUUUUUUCUUUCAAAGAAUAACAACACUGCCGUCUCCCUUUCGGCCGCCGCGUUUAUAUAGAAAAUACGUAUCCGCAUUUUUCUUAUUUAUUAGAAUUGCACUGUUUGUUUGCAUUUUAAAAAAGCAAAUAAAGUGUUUCACAUUUUAUAACAUAUCCGAUGAUCUUAUGUUAUUAACAACGGUUUUAGCACGAAUGUUAGGAUAUCGAUUUUUUGUUAUUGCUAAUAACGUCCGAGCUCGCAACUCGGUGGAAAUUCCCGCGGUAAAAUAUUAUAAAAACACGAUAAAUACACGACGUCGGCGACGUUGUGAUUUUCUUUCUCGAGGUGGGAUCGUCCGCAUCUCGUUCGCACGCAUUUCAUCUGCCCGACGUCAGGAGGUGGUUUUUUCAUCCGGUAAGAUACGGCGGUUUUGGUCUACUGUAGCAGGAAGAGGGUUCCAGCAAGUAUACAGUAAUUUAUUAUAUUCUGCCGAAUCUUGUGCCCGGGGGUUCUUGCUUGGCUUCCGCUCCACCACGGCGAGGCGGCGACCGUACUCGAAUUAUUAUCCGUACUUACCGACGUUCGAUUACCGCAACUUCCCUUCUCACCGUUCGAACGCGACGUGUGGGUUCGGGUGCGGCGGCGGUUUGUCGGCGCGCCGCAAAACAAACGUCGUAAUUCGAACGAACCAUUGCGUUUGAAUUUCGAUCGACCGGAGGGGUAAAAGCCGGCCAUGUUGCCCGCCACGUCGUCGUCCUGCGUUCGUGCCGUGUAAACAUUAUGUCGCGCUGCGGGAAGAAAAUCGAAUAGAGAGACAAUGCCGAAAGAAAAAUAACAAACGUGUAUAAAUAUAUAUAUAUACUUAUAAUAGAAGCAUAUUGUGCAAAUAUACAGUAUGAUUAUUUUUCUAAUUAACAUUUUAAACCGAUUUAGUUUUUUAUUCUCUCUUAUUCCGUACGCUAUAUAAUUACAUCGACUUUUAAUUUUGAAUCCUCCUAUCAUUUAAAAACCAGAUUCGAAUAUCUAUAGAAUAUUUUCAAACAUUCCGACGUGCGUAACACUGUUUGUAACAGCCUAAUAUUUUAACCGAAGGAGUAAGGAAAUAGGGUGGCCAUCGUUUAAAAACGGGUAUGAAAUCGAUUACCCUUCCCUAUUUUUCCUAUCUGAAUUUUGACUUUUUAUUAGACUCGUCGAAUGUGUAUAUCUGUUUUUAAUGAUAUGCGUGUAUUCUAUUUGAAAAUCAAAAUUUAAAAUUAAAAAAAAAAAGACGGACAUACUUCGAACGUGGGUGCAGCCACUGUUGUAGGUGGAAAGUUGGGAAGAUAGAAAACAGACGGGCAUUUAAUGUAUAUCUGUAAGCAGCGAUAAACUUUUGUCAACGAAAAACCAAUUCUGAGCGGAGUUCAGUUAAUAGUGUUGCUUUGUCAAAAAUACAAUAUAUGGUAUAUAAAAUAUUAUAUAAUAUAUGUCAUAUUAUAUGGUAAAAAGACUACAACAAUGUACGUUUCCAUGAUUGUUUAAAAAAGUUUAAAAUAAUAAAAACUUAACAAAAAAAUAAAUAAAAACGGUUGCCAAUGACAAGCUUAUUUUUUAAUCUUUCUAAUUUUUUUUUAACAUAAAGAACCAGGUUUUCCUGUUGUUAUCUCGAAUAUUAAUGAGAAUUUCAAAAAAUGACGUCUAAAGUACCGCCCAGAGAAUAGUUCAGAAAAAGUGCUAUACUUGAUAAUCGGAGUAAGCUUUCUGGUAGUAAAAGUGUUCACGUAAAAAAAAAAUACCAAACAUCUUUGUAAAACCAACAAAUACAUCUAAAAACGAAUCGAAUUCACUUGAAAUCCCCCGAGCAAAUCGCUGGAUCGUGAUGAAAAAGGAACAAAAAAAAUAAUCACCCUGUAUAUUAUAUUAUUAUUAUAAAACCGUUUCUUUAUACGGGCCGUACCACGCGAGAAAAGCGUUUUGUACGCGCACUACGGCGCACAACACUCGUCGUUCUUAACGGGUUCUCUUUCCUCUCGGGCGCGCGUGUGUUGUGUUCUCAGUCGCGCGGGUGUCCGAAAAAAAAAAAAUCUUGUGUGUGUACGACGACGGCCGUCCGUUCUCCUCCUACUCCUCUCGUCUCGGGUACGCGCGCGCGCCUUUCCCCCCGCGAGCUGCACUUCUGUGUAUGCGCGUGUGUGUGUGUGUGUGUGUGUGUGUGUGUACACUCGCGGACUACAACGCCCGUGGUACACACACGGGUGGUGAUGGCCUUGGAAUAUAAAAUAUUUAUAUAUAAUAAUAAUAAUAAUAAUAAUACGUAUACGUAAACGUAAACGACGACGUGAUUUCGAACGACGCAAUGUCGACGGUGUCCGUCGUCGUCGUCGCCGCCCGGAGGAGCGGUUAGGCCGCAGUGAUAAUAAUAAUAAUAAUAUUAUUAUAUGGUACUACUACUACUACUACUACUACUACUAUACUAUGCUUACUGUACGCGGUGAACAAACGCGCGCGCCUCGCUCACAAAUCGUCCGGUCGAUAAAAAUCUCGUUUAGGCCCCGCGACAAUAAAAAACCGGCGGCCGCCGGGAGCCCGGGUUCGCUCUGCUAGUAUUACUAUAGUGCGCUGUCGUUUCGACGGUGUUGUCUCCAUUCUUCGGCUCGUAAUCCCUAGGGAACGACGACGGCCCGGAUCGGUUGUAUUAUUAUUUACAUUUUACGUCCUUUUUUUUUUUUUUUUUUCAUUCAAUUUCGCGUUUUUCAGCGUUUUACGACACGACCGCAACCGCGCGCACUUAUUCCGUCCCCGCGCGUAAUCCGCAUACGCGUACCGCGGUAACGUGCGUAUAUGCGCGCCGCAUCAAUCAUUCUCCGGCAGCGCCAUUGAGAAUUCGCACGUCGCUUGUCCGGCGGUCGCCUCCCGUUGAUCGAUCGUAACGGUAUUGUUAUACGAACAAUGCCCGAAUAUUGUUUUUCCUCGGAGUUCGCGGAGACAUUAAUGUACUCGUACGCUCGUGUAUUAUAUUUAUAUUAGUGUAAUAUAUUUACAUUAUGGCGAACCGUAGGAGUCGUUAUUGACAUUAAUUAGUCUAGACUGUCGGGCCGGUGACGCACGCCGUGCAGAUGAACACUAUUAUACGAUAUUUUCGUAUUUUACGAGUAUAUAAUUUUUUAUUUCUUUAUACACGUCGGUCGAGGUUUCCAAACGACGAACGCGUUUCUCUCGUCGGUUAAAUGUCGUAUUACCAUUAUUGUCGUUAUAAUCUCUAACACUAAUAUUAAGUAUAGUAUUAUAGACAUUAUGCAUGGUCGACUCGAAUUUCCACAAUUACUAUUAUAUGUUAUAUAUCUAUAUCUAUAUAUAUAUUAAUAUUAAUAUACGCCACAACGGCGUGCGCGGGGUUUUUCUUCAAUGUCAAUGUCGCGUACACGCUAAUAAAAUAUCGGUCUAUUGAAACGAAUGCGAAAAUAACGUGACGUCGUUGUGAGCUGCGCACACGUGUGAAUCGCGUGUCCGAAAAACCGCAGUGAAGUUCAAUUAACGUCGUGUGUUCAAUUUUGCUGGUAGGUACACCGGCGGCCGGCGGCGUGGCAAGUGGCGACAGAGAUAAUGCGUUCGCGUCAUCCAGCACUGCACGUGUGUGUCGUAGUGUAUAUAGUCUGGUUUUUAAUAAUAUUAUAUUAUUUCGUACGGCUCUGCUUUUCCGACGAGACGAAUAGACAGAUAUAUAAAAAAAAAAAAAAAAAAACAAAACGUGUACGCAAGGAUAAAUAAAUAGAAACUUCGUCGUCGUUGGUGCUGCAGCAGAGCGUGUAAGCACCCAACGCGCGUGUGUGUAUGUGUGUGUGUGCGCGCGCGCGCGCCUGUCCAUACAACUAUACCGUAGUGCGGCAUUAGGUAUAUAUCGGUACCAACCACCACGGUUACCAUGGAGGAUCGAGUCCGUUGUAUAUAGAGGUACAGUGUGUCGCCUAUAGUCGAGAAGUGUUAUAAACGCUCGUAGUAGUAUUAUACUAUACCCACUAUAGUAUGUACAAUAGUAUUAAUGUAACAGCAGUAUACAGGGUGAUUCUUUUAACAUGGUACAGCGAUUUUCCCGGAGGGUUCCAAGUACCUUAAAUUUGAUUUUUAAUUUGUUCAAAUUGUUGCGGAAUUGACUAAGCUUUUUACUGUAAUUACACAUUCUAUAUUCCUAAUUUUGAUCUUCAAAUGGCAACCCCAGCACCCUUCUUCUUCACCAGAUUUGGAAAAAAUAUUAAAGAUUUUUCUAAAAAUGUCUAUAUGCAUAACACUACUGUCAGACGUAUACCUUUUAAUUGAAAUUUGAUAAUGUAUAUUUAGUUGAGCGUAUACGGAAUAAGAGUGAAAUUUUAAAAUUACGUACCUAUGGUAUAAAAUAUCAGUUAACGAUUCUUGAUUUUAGAUCGCCACGAAGAAGGGUUUAAGUAAAUUUUUGACAUUUUUUUUCAUAAUUUUUUCUUAUGUACUUAAUUUGUUACUUUUUUUUUUCCUGUUUAAAUUGCAGGAGUAUGAUGUAUACUUUCAAAAUUUAAUUUACUCGUAUUUAAAAACUAUACAAAAUUGACUUGAGGUCUUCUUCUCUGGAACCAAAGGUAUCUAAUGGCCGAAAAAAAAAAAAACGAAACGAAAAUCAAUCGUAUGUACUCGAAAUCUUUAUAGUUAAACAUUGAAUCAUGAUUUAAAAAAAAAAAUCACCCUGUAUACCAGUAGUAGUAGUAGUAGUACGCAUAGUAGUAGUAUACGUACGUAGGUCGUUCACCCGCUCGUCGUCUUCUCGUACACCUAUAUAAUAGUGUAGCCUGUGUAUUUUAUAGUGUUGGUCGUCGUCACCGUCCGAACGCAGUGCAGAACGGACACGGACAACGCGUUUUUACCGCGUUAUAGCUGCACCGGCAUCAUCACGGUUUUCCUCCCACGCGAAAAUGUAUAAUUGACGUAUUUGCAUAAUUAUUAUUAUCCAGUCCCUCCAGAAUAAAAAAAACCAUUUGCCUCGGCGACCAGCCUCGCGCUAAGAAGAUUUUAUAAAACUGCACUACGAGUAUUGCCCCUCCCUUAAGUAAAAACAUGAGUCUAAAAAAAAAAUUGUAUAUGUAUUAUAUAAUUUCGAGGUAAAUCCGUAAAAAAAAAAAAAAGCCGUUACAGCCGUUUCAGGAGAAAAGUUGGAAACUUGAACGUAUAGAAUAAUUUAAUUUAUAUCUGUGCCUAACGAUAUAGACUAUUGCUAACGAAAACAAUUCAGAACAGAGUGUAUUAUUAAUCAUUCUUUUUCCUUGUUGAGAAAAUAAUACAAAAAUUAACAUAAAUUAUUCGACAAAUUGCCAGCUUUUAUAAAUAAACUUUCAAAUUAAUAUUCUCAAGAGCUAAACAUUUUUAAAUCAUAUUCAAUUUUUCUCAAUCAUAAAAAAAACGUCUGUACUUAAUACACAUUUUGUUUUAUAAUACUGCACUCUGUCCCGCUUAAAAUUUUCCAGUUGAUUUACCCGAGAGUAGUGUAGCGUUAAAAUAAAAUGAAAGAUAAUUGCAUUGACGGUGAUAAAAAAAAACAAAAAAAAAAACGAAUAAAUAAACAGGGAUUCGACGAGACGAGUGCGUAUCCGGAAACAUUUAAACGACUUCCGCGAAGAACGCCCGUUUACGGUUCUCGGUUUUCGUAUAUACGAUCGGAUUUCCGGUCGACCGUAUAAUAUAUUAUUAUAUUUUAUUGAUGGCUUUUUCUAUGUCGCCGGCAUCGUAUAGGCGCAAAUAGCGUUAUACUAGGGGGUGGAUUUUUUUUGCAUAAAUAACUCGAGAAUUCCCGAGUUAUUUUAAGUUAAAAAAAAAAAAAAUGAACUGAAGAAAAAAAAAUGUAUCUCAUGAACUCAAAAAAUCAGAUAGUGUCAGACCGAAUGAGACGAGCUGUCCGGUCUGUCGGGAAAACUCCCGAAUUCCCGGUGAGCCGAUCCGUUUAUGCUUGUAAAAGCGGUAGUUUCAAACAAUCGAGAUACGCGGGUACGGAUUGAAUGCCAUUCGAUAUGAGUGUGCGGUGUAUUCAAUUCGUUUUGCCCACUUGAAAAUCCGGGCAGCGUUAUUUACAGACGGCUGAGGGACAGGGUGUCUCUGUCGUACGAAUCCUCUACUUGUAGCCCAUUUUCGUACGGAUCAGCGCUAAAUAUUUCUCCACGAGAUCCUCGCGUCUUGUUCCGGGCCUUCCGAAUGGGAUUUUGCCCGUAAUGCUUCCCUCGGUUAUUCGUUGAAUAAUUUACCCGUUUGCCCCGUUGUACCUGCAGUAGGAUUUUACCCGUAACGUGUAAUGUAACGUUACGUCCGUCGGAAACGCCGCGUCUUCACCGCUCGAUAUCGCGUUCUUAUUAAACGUCGUCGUCGUUCAUUGUUUUUUCGCGCGUACGUGCGUUUUAACGAUUAUGUGCGUGAGUACGUGUAUUUUUCGUACGACGGAAAUAAACCCGCGAGCGUUUUAUCGUUAACGGAGAAAACGUCGUUUUUUGUUUUGUUUUUUUUUUUUGUUUUGUCUUCCCGGACGACGACGACGACGACGAUAACGCAAUACCCGCGCACACGUGUCUCCGAGAUACGAAUCGCCGUUGCUGCAAUAAAUGAUAAGACUCGACUUCAUCAUACCCCGUGGACCGUAAUAAUAUCGCCGUUUUCUGUACGACUGCACUGCCUGCCGCGUUAGAAAAAUUCAUUUAUCUACACUCCAUAUUACAGAUAUCGUAAUAUUAUUACGUGUACCUACGCUCUACCGUAGUACGCGCGUACCGAUUUACGGUCACGUACACCCCGAAGAUAUUUAAAUAUAAUAUCAUUAUUGUUGUAGUUGUGAUAGUGUUUCGUUAUUAUGAAAAUGUCGAUAAAAUGUCGUCGACGCGUGCACGUGAUUUCAAUUAUAACAUUAUUACCCAAUUAUGGUAGACUCCGCGAUUCGUAUCGGUUAAUUAUUAUUAACUGCCUUAAAUGCGGUUUUCUCUUUUAUCGCGCAUCGUCCGCGUGUGCAUCUUCGUGAAAAUCUCGUAUAUUACAAAUGAUAAUUAAUAAGUAUUGUACCUAUUAGUGUAUAAUUGCGGGGUCUAUUUUUUCUCUUCUAAAUACUUCGACGUUUUCUCUUUCGUUCGCGAUACAAUUUUGUUGGAAAUACAUAAUUAUAGGAUAUUUUUCGUUUACGAUGUAUUGUUGAAUUUUAUAAAUACGACGAGUAUUUAUAAUAAAUUAUAAAAAUAGCAUUUAUGCCGCAACGAUUGUUGUUGGCAGUGGAUAUUUUAACCUAUAGUAAACUAAGCGGUACAAAUGUUGCGCCGCGAAACAUUUUUUUUUUUUAUCUCGUAAGUAAUAUUUUUAAUAACUGGGCGAUAUCGGUUUUAAAAUAUAUUAUUAUGCUUAAUUAGUAAAAAGAGUGUCUCCAAACAAUUGCCAAAAUAUUCACUUAUUAUUAAUUGUCUACGAAAAAAAACAUUUUCUUUUAACUUUCAUUUUUUUUUUUUUAAAACUUUUUUGAACAAAUAUAAUAUUGUAUUGUGGUAUAUUGUUAACUAUGUAUAUGAAAUAAUUUUUUUAUGAUUUGUGCAGUAACACAAGUUCAAUGAUUUGUUAAAUUAUUUACUCGGUCAUAUCAGAUUCUAAGCGUAACGAGAAAUGUAUUUGUGUUACUAAUGAUAUGCUCGAAAAUUUAACACGAAUUCACCACAAUUUGUACUUGGUGUGUUAAAAUAAAAUAAAAAAAAUAAAUUUUUUCUAUUAGCGUGUUUAGAGUUCAAAUUGGUAUGCGAAUUGUAAAAUUCGCGGCAUUUCAAAACGUAGUCAACCGAACCACGCGCAGAAUCGCAGAGUUUUAUUUGCUAUUAGCGAACUCGCGGUUACACUGUAAAUCGCGAAAAUAAUAACAGCUUUUAUCAACGUAUUUCAGCCGUAGACCUUGUGCCCAGAAUAUGGUAGUAGUUCCAGCGUCCAUGCGUGAGUGCGCUGAUCAUUGAUCAAGGUAGUGCAUCAUAGUACACUGCAUAUGUCCACAAGAACUAAGCGAUUGUACAAUAAUUUUAAAUUUAACCGUGCGCGUUAUCGGUAUACACACCGCGUACCUACUAUCACAGUCUUGGGGCCAUAAUAUUAUUGUUAUUAUCGUUCCGAUUCGUGAUUUCGAGAAAUCAUCAUUCGUGCGAUUUGAGAAACCAAAUUUUGAUAUUAUAAACGACCGUAUUCCUGUUUCCUUAGAUUUUGAAUUAUCUGUACAUACACGAUAUUAUAAUAUCUACCUAUUAGAUAAUUAUUGAAUUGCGAUCCUGUCGAGUAUUUAAUAUAUUAGAUCUUUUGCUGUUUCUACGAAAAAAUGUAAUAAGGAAUACGUACCAUGGUUAAAUAUGAUAUUUAGCCACACAAUACAAUGGUAUAUAAAUGUGUCCGCGGUUGUAAAGUGAGUAUAGUACCUGUGUUAACAGUACUACACAAAAACUUGAGGUAUAGUUACAGUAUAAGUGACGUUAUAUUUCGGGUUUCGCCGCAAGACAUUUCAAUGUAUCGACACGAUUGGACCGAACAAAAACGGUCGAAACCUGUCGAAGCUUGACAAAGCGCGGCGGCACUGCGCACAGCACACUGCGUUUGGUUAUCUCAUUCAUGAUUCAGUAUUCGCCGAACAGUCGUGUCGUGAUGUUCUCGAUUGUGGGCGCACAAUAUUAUUAUUAAUUAUAGUGUUUAAUUUUUUUUUUUCUCAUAAUUUCUUUUUGUUUUUUUUUUUUCACAUAAAAUUAUUCGAGUGCCGUCAUUAUUACCUAUAGUUCGAGAAAACAAAAUUUCAGAAUCAGAUAAUACGCGCAAUGACCGUGACUUGUGGGUACUUAUACUCAGUAUAUUAUACUUAUAUAUAGUUUAACGAAAUCAAAAUAGUUGAGCGAGAAUUGUUUUGUUAACUAUUUUAUUUUACAUAUGUGGACAUUUAGAUAUUUAAUCAAUUUUAACAGGCAGAUAUGUUUAAAAAACAUGAACAAAUUUCCUUUCAGAAAACGUGCUGCAUUUAAAAAUUGGAGCAAGAUUUCUGGUAGAAAUUUUGUAGACAGUAUAAAACAAAAAAAAAAAAAAAAAACAUUAUUGUAGCAUCAAUACAUUCUGAGAAAAGUGNACGAAAAAGUGUUUUAUUAUAAAAGUUAUUCUACAUUCAAAUGCUCCCUUUCAGUAUACUCCCCUCCCCUCGCCACACACCGUUUCAUUCGUUUCUUCCAUUGCUCGAGGCAGUGCUGGAAAUCUGUUUUCGUAAGACCAUUCAGGAGUUCCGCCGAUUUUUGUUUCACUUCUUCCAUCGACUCAAACCGGAUUCCUUUUAAGGCAGACUUUAUCUUCGGAAACAAGUAAAAGUCGCAGGGUGUCAAGUCGGGUGAGUAAGACGCGUGUUCGAGUACUGGAGUGCCUUAAGCGGCCAAAUAACGCUUCACGCUUUAUCCUGGUGCAAGAUCCACGACUUGUUUUUCUACAAUAUCGACCGUUUCUUACGAACUCAUUCGUGCAAUGUUGCCAAAACUGUCAAAUAGUAAUGUUGGUUCACAGUUUGACCCUCUGGAACCCAUUCAGUCAUCACGAUGCCGUUGAUAUCGAAGAAAACGGUUUUGAAUUUGGAUUACGACUGAAUUGGAUUCCGGUGCACUCUCGACCUUCAGAAAAUAAUUUAUGCCACUCAAAAACACGCGCCCGAGAUAGGAAAUCCUCACUAUAGGCUUCUUUUAACAACUUAUAGCACUCAGUUGAAGUUUUUUUUUUAGUUUAACGAGAAAAUUUUACAUUUAUCCGUUGCUCAUGUUUUUCGUCACACAUGGUUUCCGGCACGAGAAAAAAACACGUUCGUUUCAAACCACUACUGCACAAAUACUAUAAUAGUGACGAAAACGUGUUUUGGUACGUGCAUAGAUAAGAUAUCUGGAUACCCAACGCAUUACUCGUUUUUUUCACUACCCAUCUAGGGCGCCUUUUAGGCAAGAAGUCUCGUUAUUUAAUAGCCACACCUCGUAUAUUAAACAAUAUAAUUAUUAUUAUAAUAAAUUCCCAAAAUUUACUUUUAUUUUAUAACAUUUUUAAUACCUCCCCCCCAUCGUCUAAUAUUUAAUGUUUAUUUGUACGUGUCAUUUAAGUUAAAAUCGUGUUUAUAUUUCAAAACAUGUUUAACCAAUGAUUUAACGUUGCGUACAGAUAUAAAUUAAACUAUUCUAUAUAUUUUCAUGCGGGUUUAUUAAGAAAUUGUGAUACUAACAUUUAAAAGGGCCCGGAUAAAUGUUAUUAAUGGUACCUAACAUUACCAAAAAUUCAAAAUUCAAAUUUAUAUUACAUAUUAUAAUAAAAUAUUUAUUAAAUUAAAAUUUUCUUUGAAAUUGAGAGUAUGUGAAGAGUAAUGUGAACCCCCAAUUUUAUUUUGCUGUGUCGCUUAUUGAAAAUUCCUCUGAUAGUUGGUAAAUUAUUAUUUGUCGAUGAAAUUAACAACCGUAUAAAAUGAAUGGAUUUUAUUUGUUUACCAGUAAAAAUAUAUAUUUGCUGACGUUGUGUCUAAAUAAACAACCGUGGGUUAUAUAAUAUACUCUAUAAUUAAACAUUAGGAUUAUUGGUCGGCCGAUUUCUGUUUCAUUUGUAUUUCCUUAAAAUCACGUUCAUAGUAUUAUUGUUUCCCCCUCCCCCGCUAAACACAGAUGUGAAUCGUUAAUUUCAUUCAGAAACUUUUUGUUUAAAAUACAUUAAACAGUUAUUAACGGACCUUUGUUUAAUGGUCACACAAAGAUGACUUGUCUUAACAAUUUUACACGUCGUAUUAUGAUUUGUCAAAUCUUGAAUAUAUAUAUUGUCAUGCGUCUACUGCACCUAUUUUUGUCAAAUAUAUUAUUAUACCCAUAGUGACGUUUUGAGAUUACGUAGGCAUAUUUAAAUUUCUAUACACACGGGUGUUUUAUAAUUUUUACGAUAUUCACCUGCAACUUUCUUCAACGUUUAAUUCAUUUGAUCUAUUUGUUUUUCUUUCGAAUUAUGUUAUUUAAUUCGUAAAAUAUUUCAAUUAUUCUUUUUUUUUUUUUUAAAUAUAAUUGUGUUACAAUAUGUAUCUCAGAAUCGGAAAAAAAUACAAAUACAAAUCGUUUAUAUUGUGACGCUUGCUACUGGUUUUUUUUUUUUUUUUUUAUUAAAGUCAUCGUCAUCUUUUUCAUCUGGUGGUUUAGCCGAUAACACAAUAUCACGCCACUUAUCUCUGUCUUGUUACACUUGCUUCCAAUUUGUAUACUACAACAACGCUCUUGAAUAAUUUUCUACACUAUCCAUCUUUUCUGGGCCUGCCACGUGGGCCUUUCCCCUUGAAACAUUUAUUCGAAAACCGCUUUUUAGUGAUUCUUGUACAAAUACAAUAAGUCAUAGACGAUAACAAUAUAGUAUAGAAAUUAAAAUAAAUAUAUUAUUGUUAUAACAAAUACGUUAGGUAGAUAAUAUACAAUAAAAUGAUUCAAAUUAAAAAUAAAUAAUGUAUAUGCCUGCCUCGCAUUAUUAUUGUUAUACAAUAUGCAUUGUGUUGUUUACAAAAACAAAAUAUUUUAUUGGUAUCUAUUUUAUCGUUCAGAACGGUGUAAUAAUAUUAUACUCGUCGUUUCGAUAGAAAUCGACAGGCGCGCAGUCUUUAAGAUGACGGUAACUGCAGUGAAAAAAAAAAAACGACACUGUCAUAAUCAUACUAAACACAAUGCACCGUGAUGGUUACGAAUAAUGACGGUUUAUUUUAUUCCGUUUUUCGCUUUUGAAUUUGUAUAUUUUAUAGAAUGGGUUAGGUAGUAAUAAUAAUAAUAAUUAUUAUUAUUAUUAUAAUAUUCAUCACUGUUUCAUAUUUGAAACACUGCAGUCUGCAGUAAAGCUCUCGUAUCGUACAUUCAUAUUAUUGUUACUGUUGCAGUGACGCGAAUCCGCUUGUGGUCUUCAUUAUUAUUAUUAUUUUUUAAUUCUAUAAUAAUCAUUAAAACGUAAGUAUUUGUGUACUCAUGUACUCGUAUAUGUAUAUAUGUAUAUAGAGUAUUUUUUUUUAAAUUUGUUUUAGCGUCUUCAUACUAUCUGAGUCUUUUGUUUUCGAAAAAGGGUCUCUCUCUCUCUCUCUCUCUCUCUUUGUUAUACCCUUACCUACCUGAGUUGAGCUAAUAUUGCUGCAGCGAUGACUAACGAGGGACACAGAAGAAUCGUCAUCGUCGUCGCCGCCGUUUGUUAUUUGUACAUGAUGUAUAAUAUAAAUGCGUGCUGUCCGUGUGUACACGACGAAACUGCGUCGUGCCCGCCAAUAGAGAAGUAGGUCAAAAAUGUCCGGUCGAUUGAGCUCUAUCAGCAGUUGCUGUUGUUCUAUACUGCAUUCAGAUUAUACAUAGGUAUAUCACGUAAUCUGUAUUUGAUGAAAAUUAUUUUCCGUGACGCCGCCGUCGAUGAGAAUCAUCCGAAGCCCAUUGACCGAAGUAUCGGCCCGUAAUUAUAAAUUUCGCUGCGGCGACGCGGCGGCCGUCCUCCCGCGGGCACACGCAACGCUCGGUGUGCUCGGCCGACAGUCGCUCCGCUUACUCCGUCCUUCUUAUUUGAUUAGAUUUUUUUUUUUUUACUCUCAUUACUGAUUCCGUUCCGAGACCGACGACGACGAAAAAUAAAAAAAAAAACGUGUGAAAUAAAACCAACCUCGCCGCUUAUCUACCUGCAGUAUGUGCGUAGGUACAAUAGUGUUGUAUUAUAAUAAUCCGCGGGUACCUAUAUAUAGAGUCGAUUGUGGUUAUUUUAGAAAUCAUCGAAGGCUAUGAGAUUUAUGGGUUAGGCCGUCGGUAUAUGGGCCAUUGGCGGCGGCGGUGGGUGGAUGGGAUGGGUGGGUUGCCGCACAACCCGGAAAAUCGUCGUGCGCAUUUCUUGGCUCGUGUUCAACAGCAACCACCGCCGCGCCGUCGUCGUCAUGUGUGUUUUUUUUUUUUUAUAUAUUUUUAUUUACGUUUUAUGCCAAUACUUUUAGCGCACAAACGCUUACCGAGGGGUCGGCCGAAAUUGGCAACACAUCGACCGUAAAAACAUCGUUCGAACCGGCGCCGGCCGGCCGGGAAGACAGGUGCACUCGUUUUGCAGCUAAAUGUCUCCCCGUGCGCGCAUGCAUUCGAAUAUUUUAUAAUAAAAAAAUCUACGGGUGGCUGUAAAAUAUGUAUAAUAACAAAACAGUAUCAAUAUAGCGAAAAGUAUCUGUUUAAAUUCCGAGCGCACCGAGGAGUGUGCUAGGUUUUACAACUAUGGUAUGUGUUUUUUUUUUUUUUGUUCUGUCUGCACAUAACUUUUCUACCAGAAAUAUUACUCGGACUUUCAGGUAGUAUCUUUUCUGAAAUCAAAUUGUAUCUAGUUUAUGCAGUGUCUGUAAUGUGAAGUAUUUUUUACAUUUAAUCGCUUAUUUAAUUUGCCACAAAUGUAUUAAAUUUCAAUAAAAUUCAUCAAAUUUAUUAAAUUUCCGCAGUCAAAAAUUUGUUUAAAUGCCUUUUUUUAAUUUUUGUUAUCAAUAUUUUUGAACACCCCUAAGGACCCACGACCAAUACACCCGGUUUUUUUGUGACUUACAUAAUUCAAAUAUACCUCCUUCAGCCGUCACUGAGUUGAGAAGGUUAUUUUUUAAAUUUUCCUCUCAGUUUUUUUUAACGAUUGAGAAUAACUGGAAAGUUUACUGAAAUAUAACUGUUUUAUUAUUUUCGUUUUUUUUUUUUUUUAAUUAAAUUAGAAACCUGAAAUUUGCACAGAAUACUUAUAUUAGCCUUAUAUAGACGUGGUAAAACUGUUUGGUAAUUUAUGAACUAUUGAAGUACAGACAUUUAACAUUUUGAUCGUGAAAUCCCGGUAUUUGAAAACGCGCUGCAGUCGUUUAUAUUCGAGUUUCGCUCAGAAUCGUAUUUCUUUAGCAAUAAAUUAUGUAACUAUCUAUUGUUAUUUCUCAAUUUCCCACUUACAGCAGUGUAGCACACCCAUCAGCAGUAUCGGUUCUUCUUUUUUCCAUCUCAAAUCCAUCAAGAACGGAUGUUUACAUGCAACGUAGUUUGUAGAUGCAUUAUCUAUCAAUACACACAAAAUUAUCGAUUUACUGCACUAUGUAUAAACGACGUGUUAUUAUCACCGGGCUGUUAUGCGUAUUAUAUACGAUUUAGACGUCGCACCCGAACCGUCCAAAACCGUCUAAUAUUGAUUUCUGUUGUAUUUGUGCAGUACUCUAAUACUUGUACAUAAAUUUAAUGUUUUCUUUUUUACGACUCGUAUUUUUCCGAUAUUCUUUUUUUUUUUUUUUUACCAUAAUAAUUAUUACUUAACGGCGAUUUCGUAUUCGAAAUAAUCGUUUAAACAUUUUUUUUUUUUCGAAUGGUACACUCGUAUAUUUAUAUCCGGUUCUAUGUAUACAAGUAAACGCGGAGGAAGCCUGGCGGCUAUAUUUUACCAAGAAAGCAAAUUUCAUCGAUUAACCCGUGAAAUAUUUGUGUAUGUCGUAUAAAUAUCUGUAUUGUUUAUGCGAUAAAUACACGCGACAAUAAGAAAAAUUUUCGAACAUUUCAUGGGUUAAUCGAUGUAUUACACUUUACCUUUUUAGUAGCUGUAUGACUACCAAUCUUUUUAACAUAAUAUUGUAUCUAUGAUUGGUACACUAUAUUAUUAAUAUAAAUUCUGGUAUAUAAUAUACUAUAUAGGAAUAAUUAUUGGUAGUAUACGCGUUUAAAUUCUGCUCGUGGGUCGUCUCGAAUUAAGUUGUACAACGGAUUAACCGUAGGAUUCUGUAUUUGAGUUUGUACAUUCAUUACAUUGUUUAUAAUAUCAUCGGAGUAGUGCUAGACUAGUACAGUAUUUUUUAAUAUUUUGUGAUGAGUUACAAGUUCGAUUACGCAUGCAUACCAUGGCGCAUAUGAAAUUAUUAUUAUUAUUUUGUCCAAUAUCAUUUUUUUAUUUUUUUUUUUUAUAGACCUUCAGAAAUUUCUUGGAACUUAUUUCGGUGUUUUUUUUUUUUUUUGUUUUAUUGUUUCCGACAAUGAAUUGUGGGAAUAUUUGAUAUAUUUUAUAAUUCAUUGUUCGCGAUUCAAUUGUAUACAUUACCAUCAUCGGUUUAAAUUAUUUAUAAUUAUUUAUACAUGAAGUGCCCCUUUUAGAAUAACAAUUUUUUUUUUUUAACUCUAUAUACCUACUCGAAAUAAUGGAUCUAAUGGUAUAGGUAACCAUAAUAAUUAUUAAUGUAGGUACGUAAUUAGUUAAUAUAAAACAUGGUGUUUUACAUUCGAAUAAUCCCUGGGUAACAUUAUAAUCAUUUAUUUACGUACCAUUUUCAUUCUCGUUGAUUGUUUUUUAUAAUGCUGUAGUAUUGUAUAGUAUGUAAUGAUGAUUAAAAAAACAUACCUCAGUCAUAAUAAUAUUAUACUAUAACCAUUAUUACACUACGCAUUAUUAUUAAUCGAUAUAUUUUAUUAAGAUGUUUAUAUUACACUAAUUUUGUUUUAAUAUGUACGUAUAAGUACCUCGGGGGCGGCUUCCGCGUGUUAUUAUGUGGUGAAAAUGAAUAAUUAUUCGACUUUAAACCGCUGCCAGAGGCUUCCUACAUCAGUAGUUUAACGCCAACCUAAUUAAUAUUGUAUAUUAAAUGUUAUAUAAAAAGGUAUCUAUUUUUUUUCCGAAAUAUUUUUUAUGGUUAUUGUAGUAGUGGUGAAUUGUAUAGAAAUAAAAAUUUAAAAGUAUGUAUCGACAAUAUACUGAAAUCUACUUUAUUCGUUGUCCCGCCUAUGCAGUUUUAUAGAUCGGAGCGUAGCAAGGAAUAAAUCGGUUGGUUUUACGAUGAUUUUGAUUUUUUUUUUCUUUUUCUUUGAGUAACUUAUCAACCAUAAAUCUUGUCUCGAUGAAUCAAUUGUAGCAUUUUUUCUGAUAAAUUUGUUUAUCUCUUUGUUACUUUAAAGAGGCUAUUUUUUGAUUUUCCAAGCAGUUUUCCUUGUGAUUGGGAAAAAACUAGAAAAUUUGCGUAAAUCUAUAAAAGAGACUCCGCUCUGAAUUGUUUUUCUUUAGCAAUGGUUUAUCAUUGCGUAUAUAUAUAUAAAUAAAUUUCUCUCUAUAUCCUACCUUCCCAAAUUCUCACAUUCUACAUCGUCUUUUUUGUAUUUACUAUUUCGUAACGAUUCACCGUUCAAAAAUAUAUUGUGACGCGCGUACUUAUGAAAUGUUAAAAACCAAUUCUUAAUGUGGCGAUAAAAAGAAUCUACUCUUACGUAUAGAGGCGCAAACAAUACCGGAUUGGGUGAUUUUGGCCAAUCGUGCUCAACAUCCAACCGGCCCAAUUAAUGACUUAUUUAUAAAGGGUAGUAGAGAUACAAUCAACAUUCCUCGCACGACAUUUUUGAGAUGUGAUAAAUUGUUUGGCCACCUAGACACAUUUCACCUAUAGUUUGCAAGUUUUAACUCCUUCCACAAAAAUUCAGGCUUACGUACGUCACCAGGACUAAUUCAUAAUCUGUCUUACCCAAACAGCGUCACGAGAAAAGCAUAGAAUCCAAACAAGAUAGUUGGUAAGGCAUCAGAUGCUUCGUCGCAACAACUGAUGGCCAAUUAACAGUAUUUCUGAAUUGGAAACCAAGAGACUUCGCGCGGGAAAAGACCGUGAUGGAACGGAUCGAGCACCUAAAAAAGAGCGUUGCUGAGAAGUUUAGGGUUCGAGUAAAGUGGAGCGAAGUCGCGAUGACGGCAAAAACUUUCUGCCGCACAGAGUACGGUCAUAUAUUAAAUUAUGACUGCCGUAUAUAUUUUGUGCGAUUUCGUCGGGAAACGCGAAAAUCAAAUAAUCGAAUACAAGCGUAUAAUACAACGACGUGUUAUUGUGUGAUUUGUCCGCUGCAUCGUAAUAAUAAUAAUAAUAAUAAUUAUUAUUAUUGUUAUUAUUGUUGUAAUGCAGUCGUUGUGCGGAGGGUGUGUAACGAGACGGUUCGCGUAAACGCCACCCGACACCGGCCCCGGGGCAUUUUCGCUGUCUGCGCGGUUAUUUAUUUUAUUUUUUUUUUUUCUCCUCUUCCCGCGGGUUAUUAUCGCUGUUGUUUCAUUAUUACUAUUAUUGUUAUUGCUGUUGUUUUCAAUUAUACUUACCGUUAAAACGAACGCCGCGGCACCCCGGCUACAUUGCGCACGCGGUACGUGUGUGGCACAUGUUCGAUAUGUACGCGUAAGUGCGCACAACGAGAACCGAACAAAUACACAGCGCGUAUUCAUUAUGCGCGCGUGUGUGUAUAGUCGAUGGCGAUAAUUCUGCGGGUUCGGCGCAAAACGAUCGAUCGAACCGCGUCCGUCAUCGUCGUCCGGUGCGUGUGUGUGCCGCAGCCGGGGACCGCCGUCGACGCCGCCGCUACAUGAUAAAACGCGAGAAAUCGCCGAGGAAACCUAUACGCCUAGUGGUAUUAUACGCGAACAAUUUUUACAAACAUUAAGUAUAAGUAUUUUUUAUUUUUUAUCGUAUAUAUAUAUAUAUAUAUAUAAUAGCCGACGUGUUGAAUUUUUACGAAUUUUCGUCUGUACGCCGGACGGAGAAAAUGUACACUGCGCCCCCCCCCCCCAUCGCCCCCGUAUCGCGACGACGGCGCGUGUAACCUUCGAAAACUUUAUUACGGACAAUCGCGACACGUAUAAUAUAAUGUAAUGAUAUUAUAUAUUAUAUCGUUAUGUAUAAUUUUUUUUUUUUCUUUCGUGUAUAGAUUAUAUUAUAAUUCUCUCCCCCCCCCGUGAUCGCUGCACCAGUAGGCGGCGAUCGCAAUAUUAUAAUAUCGUCGGAGCAGCAGUGACGUGUAGUUAUCAUUAAUAUAUACGGCACACACUCGAAUUUACUGUAUGCGCAUUAUUAUAAUGUCGGCCCGGGUGCGCAUACCUAUCCCCGUGAAAAUAUUGUUUUAUUACAUUAUCGGCGCGUUUGCCGUGCAAUAUCGUAUAAAACUCCGUGUGGUAUUUACCGAAGAUACUGUUAUGAUCUGCAGCCGUAUACGAUAAAAAUUCGUUUCAGAAUACAUCACGCGUACCGUCUACGUGUUAUUAUAAUAACGAAUCCGAAAAUUUCAUUCGUUAAUAAUAUUUUGUAGACAAUUUCGACCGCGUAGACGGAAUAAAACGCGAAUAUAUGACAUUUUGUUGUUUUGAAAAAAUGACAUAAUACGAUUGUACUCGUACACUCUUAUGAUAAUAUUAUGAUGACGUAAUAUUUUUACUUGCAUUAAAAACACGUCAUUUUUUUAUUUAAGAAUGCAUAAUUUUUUGUUCGCCUUUUAUUGCGUACGUACGCGCAUAUUAUAAUUUGUUCGCGAAUUACGCGAACCUUGUCGUUUCUCGUUUUUCUCUAUCGCGGGAAAAUCUCUGGUAGUGUUUGUACAGUGAUCCGAUUCAGAUCCGAUCCGAUCCGUGUAUACCGAACUUGGAUUUUAAUAAUGAUAAUCACCAUCUUUAUUUGCUAGUUUUGCUCGACACAGAGGUAAAACCUCUUAUCGUAGAGCAAGAAUACUUCUCAAGAUCUUUAAUAAUUAUUAAAAAAAAAAAAAAAAAAAAAAAAAUACAAUUACCCGGGGAAUAUGAUAAUAAACUGAAAAAAAAUUUAUUUUUAGUUUGUAUUUAUAAUUUAAAAAAUUUUAACACUUUCUUAUUUCUAGUCUAGAGACUUGAAACCAACUUAUAUGUAUGUAUUGGAAGCUUUUUUGGUAUUGAUUAAAGGAAUGUCAAUAUGUUGUAUCCUGAGAUUAUGAGGGUUGGUUUUAUAUUUAAAUGACUUAGAUUUAUAAAUAUAACAUAUUGUUUGUUUAAAUAUAAUUGUUAAACGCUAUAAUUAUGAUAUCAAUAUGAUCAAUUUUAAUUUUUUUUUUAUAUAUAUAUACAUAUAUAGUUGUUCGUUACAUUAUCAAUAAUCCGAUGCGUAAGAAGUUUUUCGGUUUUUUUUUCUUUUUAAUAUAGUUAAAAAAAAUGUCUAAAUCUGGGAUGAAGUGUAAUUUUUCUUAUAAAACAUACAAUUGCGCGCAAGCCCCUUAUUGAUACAAAAAUUAAAACCGGUUGAUUAAUUCGUUAAGAACUGUUAAUUUGAAAACGUUUAUAAUUGGUUAAAAAUUCGUAAAAGUAAAAAAAAACACAAACAGUAUACUCUGAAUAGAAAUGUCUCGACUGUUGCAGUGUUCAAUCCGUCGCAGUAGUCCGGUCGUAUUUGUUUUAUUACAUACCUAUAAUACGUAUAAUAGUUUAUUUACAAUAUUACGAAUAUAGGGGCGACGAUUCGUUAAAAACAAAAUAAAAGAUAAUAAUUAACGUACAUUAUAACGUUAUUGUUAUAAAUUUCUAUUUUAUCCUAGGUAUACAUCUAUGCGUAAUACCUACCUAAUAAUAAAUAUUGCACGCGACCGUGCGUUUAUUGUGAACAAGAGAACAAAAAAAAAAAAAAACGAACUUGCCUAUUAUAUUUAUAUAGCCGAGCUAUAAUUAGCCAACUUAUUGUCAUAUAUAUUUUUUUUUUCAUAUUACCGCUACUAGGUAAAGCGUGUGUGCGUACGUGUAUACCUACGGAGUGUCCUUGGGGACAACCACUUUGCGUGGUUAUAUUUACUCACUCGCUUAAGUAGAUAUAACAAUAAUAUAUAUAUAUAUAAUUGGACUUCUAUAUUAUUAUGUAUAUACGGCAAGAAGCAAAUAUAUUACGUUAUCUGUGUUCUCUACGGUUCGCAUAAAAAAAAAAAAGUUUUUUCUCCCGGUUUAUUGUUUUAUUAUAUUAUUAUUAUUUUUUUUUUAAUUUACAAUGCGCUGCAUAUUAUAGUACUGUGUGAUUUCCAAUCGGUUUUCCGCGUAAGGAACAUUGUCUAUAGUCUGUGACUCGUAUAUUCGUACACUCUGUCACGAUCUCGAAACAAAUUAUUAAGUGCUUAUUGCUUAUCCGCAGCAAACGCUGCAGUAGUUCAAAAUGUUCAACUGUUUUUGGCGAAAGUUAUUAUUAAUUGCAUAUAGGUUAGGUUUGAAAGAUAUAAUAAAACGAUUUUUCCUCUGUUUUUUCUUCUCUUUUGUUUAAACAGUAUUAAUACAAAUGACGCGUUCCAUCAGUAUUUUAUAAUUAUUGCGUUUAUGAACAAUAUCAAUUUAAUUAAUUUCGGGUUAAAUUUAUCUUAUAUACCUAGAACGGUGUGUUCGAAAACGCGUAGGCUAAGUUUAUUCGAGUUGAAUUUACUUUUAUCAGUCUAAUUAUGCUAGUCGCAUAUGUACUCCAAAUACUCAAACGGUUGUCAACAGUGUCUUAUUAGUAAAUGAUAAUAAUUUUAUGUUAAAUAUUUACAAUAUUAAAAUUCAUUUUUUCAAAUGAUACUGAGCUUAUCUCUAUGUGAUAGAGUUAAAAGGACCUACUUAUUUAUCUUGGGUUACUAGAGUUAACCCUAAGUUAACAAUUUUGUGUUACAACUUACCAAUUUUUAACGAUACCAGACUUAACUCGAGUAGCUAUAGAGUUUAGAGUUAACUUGAGUCGAUUUCUCAAAAAACUCCCAGGUUUCUUAACCAGCGACAAUAAAUUCGAUUUAUUUUUGUUUUAAUUCGAAUAAACUUAUAAUAUUGUAGGUAAUAUAUUAGAGUAUGAAUUAACUAAUAUUCUAAUAUUCCGAGCUUUUUUUCUCGUAAAAUUAAUAUUAUUAUUAUCGCACCAUAUAUAAUAUUAUAAUAUGUUUAUGGUUUCCACCUGCACAGCUAUGAAUGUGAUAUACUGAUUUUUCUUCGGAUGGUAACAAAAAAAAGGUUACCAUAUGCACGUAACCGCUUUGGUAACAAAUAUACUCUUGUAUAAACACUGAAAACAAUAGCAUAUCCUACACAUGUACAUAAUAUUAUCUACGAUUAUAAAUUCGUACCGAUACUAUAAAUUCAAAUUUUACUAAUCGGUCAUUUUUUUUCCGAGGUUAUGUUUUUCAUCAGAAAUAUUACAUUUACCCGUUUGCAGUGUGUGUGUGUAUGUGUGUAUGUGUUAUACAAUAUUAUAUUAUCAUCAUAAGAUACACGUUUCUGUACUUUUACAAACGAUAUAACAUUAUAUGAUUUGUAGUUCGAUUAGAGUUGUAUACUUAUAUUAUAAUAAUUGUUGAAUUGAAAUCGGGUUAACGUGCGUAAAGCAUAUAAUAUUAUAAUACGAAUACGACCUACACGAUAUUAUUAUAUUAAGCAUGGUGAAGUUACGUAAUUUUAGAAGAGACAAUAUUAUAUUAAAUAUUCAACAACCGUCAUCGCGUCUAAGUAAAAUAGACAUCUAUUUUAUAUUGACGGGAUGAGAAUAAAAUGCGGGACGACAACAUGCGUCUAAUGCGAUUUGAUCGUGAUGAAUACACAGAGAACAAGAGAGGAAGCAUAAUAGCCGAUGACAAAACAUAAACCAUUUUUUUCAUCAUGUUGUUUAUUUCUUGCGGACGAAAAUACGAUUGCAGGUUCGAGAAAACGAAACUACACGCAUUUUUACGAGUCGACGAUAAAAUUUACUACUGUUUUACAAUAAGCAAAUAUUAUGCAGGAUUUUAUUUUUUUUCAAUUUGCAGUAAAAUCGAACUGUUAUUAGACGUGCUCCAAUCAGAAAACUCAAUUGUACAGAAAAGCUUUUGGAUAUUUUGGAUCUAUAAUAUUAUAAUACAAAGUUGAUGCAUCAGUUUUUUCUUUUUAGGAUAAAAAACGACAUUAAUGGUUGUUGUCACGUCUUCAUUCGACAUCGUAUUUUGUUCGCAAUGAUUUUUCAUCGUUACGUUCGAGAUUUAAACUAUAAAAUAUCCUGUAUACCUUUUCAAUUUAACACGUAUAAAAGUGACCUAAACCCGCGGUGACUGCAGGUGCGUUCAGUUUACUAUUUUUAAAAAUAUUAAUGUUGACGUUUCAAAAGAAUGUUCUUCUCGCGUGCGCUUUAAAAAAGCCUUAAUAAUAUCAUCGCGUUACACUCUCGUAAAUAUUUUUUUAAUUAAUUAUUGUUGAAUUUCCCGUGACAAUAACAGCACUAUGCACAGCAGAGUCGACGUCGUCGGUGUCAACGUACGCGCGGUCGUUUCGGUCCGUUCCAAAUUAUGUAGGAUCUCUGGUCUUCGCUCUGGUCUUGUCGUUUCGUUUUUUUUUUUAUCAUCUAUAUAAUAUUAUACUAUUAUUAAGUAUAUUGUAGUCUAUAUACGAUGAUGUCUCUCUACGUUUCCGAAGAAACCUCUUCGCGCGCGCACGAAAUAUAUAAUAUAUAUAUAUACGCAUUUUCUAAACAGACUUGGUCGCUGCUGCAGUACAUAUAGCUGUACGCAGCAACAACACUUCAAUUUAUUUAUUCGUUUAAUUCAAUUCGUCUCGUCUCCCAUAAUAUGUAUACUCUGCGUACGGUGCAUGAUGUGUAAUACGAGAUACGAGGACAUAAAAAAUAGGCCAUAAUAUAGAAAAAAGAAAAACGCAGGACUUGAGAUCGAAAAUUUCGAAUCUUCUCGUGUGAUGCUAUCGAUUUUUCCGAAGACCGAUGUAUCGAUAUGAUUUGUUGUAAGUUUUUGAAAUUGUUGAAAUAUUAAAACAUGUUUGAAAAAAAAGUACCGGCGGGCAAAAAAAAUCUGCGCGUAAUUUAUGGCGUAUACAAUAUAGUGAACUAUUCGGAACAAUUUUUCUAAUCGAAAAUGUGUUUUCCGAGAAAAAACAAAACGAAAAUACGUUUUGAUAAGUCUAUAAUAGCUUCUUUGCUACAUACAGAGUACAUAUUUUGUACAUAAAAAAAAGUCCGUCUAUUUCAUCACGAAAAAAAGAUUGCGUUUCCGCUCUACACCGCCCAUUCGUCGUCUGUGCGCAGCGGCGUUCCAUUCGUUAUUCUGUGUUUUCGAUUUCCUGUUCUCUAGAGUUUAAUGUAUCGAAAAAGAAAAAAAUCGUUCUCGCGCCCGCAGUUAUCACCCCGAGCACCGUCUGUCGUCGUUGUCGUAACCCCGCAACAUUCCGAUCAAUUAGAUCGGUCCCGUCCUGUUCCCAUGGUGCACAUACGCACCGCACCCGGCGGGUCAAAACGCACCACAAUGGUCUUCCUCCGCUGCACGCGUAUACAGGGUGUUUAUUUUUUUAUGGUUCAGCGUUAUCUAUACACGAAGAUUUGAGUAAAAUUGAUUUUUCAAUAUUUUUACCAUCACAUUCUGUAGACCACCGAGCAACGGAUAUCGACACUGGCUUUUCAAAUACAAACCACUUAUAUUUUUAUUUUUAGAUUACAACCCUUAUCUAAUUCCUCCGAGUACUCCGGUCCAAACGAUAGGAUGCCAUUUGAAAAUCAAGUCAAACACAAUAAUAAGGGUAAAAAUGUGAGAAUAGUGUUAAAAUAUAGGGGCUUGAUCAAUUUCGAUAAUCGUGUCAAUUAAAUUGACUUGAAAUGAGAAAUCGUCAGAUCGUCAUAAAAGAAUCAUCCUGUAUGUAUUAGUAUAAAAACGUAAGUAUACAGGAGAGGACGACAGAUGUUCCACUGGCUGCACAAGGACGCGAGACCCGGUGCCGUGUCUUCUCUCCGUUCUCUGAAGCGCACAGCAUCGCCCCGGCCCUUUAUACAUUUGUAUUAUAUUAUUGUAGUCUGUUGUGUGCGCUCGUCUCGGAAUUCCGACUUGUUACCCCAGAGCAGUAGCGCGCGCGCGCGUAUGUGUGUGUGUGUUGUGUGCAGUGCGGGGGUUGGUUGCUGUGCCGUCGACCCUCGAAAAUUCCGCGACGACAUUCCGACGUAGCCGCGGCGCGUCCGGAGUAGGGGAGCAGAGCGACGGAUGCGACGACGAUCGCGUGACGUGACCGUGGUCGUCGUCGUCGUUGUCGGCGCGCGUGGUUUUUACCGAGGAGAUCGAAACAGAUCCGCUGCAGCGAGCCGGGUAUCGUGUUGCCGACGAGCGGUAAACGAUCCCGGGUGCGUUAUUAUCGCACGUGUGUGGGUGGACUUAAAUAUACGCGAAAACAAACUAUAAUAACGCACGCGUCUCCUCUCGUCCCCGCGCAGUACAGCGGACGAAACCGCAAUGGGUUUUAUUUUUCGUUUCACGUGUUUGACGUUCGCGUGUCGAGACGAUACCGAUGGCGGAGGACCGUCGCAUGUGACUUCGAAAUAAUUAUAAUUUGUCCCGUGCGCGAUUCGUUUUGUUUUUUUUUUUCUCUCUAUUUAACAGACUGCACGUUAUAUUAUGCGAACAAUAUAAUAUCAAAAUUGCGGUCUAUGAGUAUAUUUUUAUUUAUAGUCUGCAGGCAAUAUUCCGAGUCCUAAAUAUUCGUAUUGUAUACGAUUACCAAAUACUUGAGUAAUUAUAACUUUAGUCUUAAGUUCUGUGUACAAAUCCGUGUCCCGUUCAAAUAUCAUAGAGAUUAUUGAAAGACAGGCAGUGACGGAUCCAGGGGAACGAUAAAAAUGAUUACACCCUCCUCUCCCCCCACGUUCACUUCCUAAUACUGUUAGUACUAACGAUUAUACUCUUAGCUUGAUUUUCGUCAAAAAUGUAGGUUUUAAAAAUCGUCCCUCCCCUGUUGUCCUGAAUCCGCCUCUGAAGGUAGAAAAAAAUAUAUAUAGGGUGAUUUAGUUUAUGUUUACAUAUUAUAAUGUAUAUGCAAUUUUAUAUCAUUUUAGACGAGCAAAGAUAGGUUCGAAAUCAAUAUUUUUAAACGAUUUUUUAAAUUUAACCUAUUGGGGUGGAAAAAUUAAUAAGUGAUUAAUAAGUGGAAAAAAUCGAAACAUUUACCACCGUAGUCGGUGAGAAUACAAACAGAACUGCUAUUCAUACCGAAAUGAUAGGCAUCGUGUAAAAUUAACACACUACAUAUUAAAUAUGUAAUCGAUAAAUCAGAUGCAAUCAUAAGUACCUCUUAUAAAACUUUUUUUGUACAACACUAUUUGGAUAAUCUUCAAUAUUUAUACUUUAUAGUCGUCGCGUCGUCUACAAAUUUCAACGAGGCGAAUAUUGAUGUGAUCAACGGAGGUACAAGGUUGUUGAUAGUUAUUCAGAUAUCGUCAUUUUUAUCUAUUAUUAUUAUUACUAUUGUUAUAAGCUGUAAGUCGAUAAGCAUGUUAAGUACUCGUAUACGGUGCACAUAAUGUCGAGUCUAACGAUGUAUAAAAUAUUACAUAUUGUUAUACAAUAACGAGGCUCUCCAGUGUAUAAUAACGGACCUAUCCCACCAUUUCACAAUAUUCUUCACGUCCAUUCUCGCUCAAAACAAUAUUUAUUAGGUGCCGUCGUCUAGUGAAUAUUUAAUAUUAGACUUAGGUAGUCUGUUAUGAGUUGAAUUUUAUGGUGUAUGAUGGUUAUUGCCAUAUUGAUGCCGUAAACUCAAGUAUGGAAAAUGUUCGGUUUAAUCCGUUAUUUUACUAAAGGUUGUGUAUAUCAUGUAAUAUUUUAUUUAUUACAUAUUUUGUAGGCCAUUUUGUUUAUUGUUUUUUUUUUUCUCUAUCAUAGAAUCUUAUAUAGAUUUUGAAUUUAGUGAAAUAUAGGCUAUUACCGAGGUGAUGCAUAGUUUUCUAUGUUCUCGAAAAACAGUUUUUCGGUUAGCAAAACGUUAUAAAUAUGCUCUCCGACGGUGUAGAACUCGGACUCUAUCGUGCAACGUCCGUAUGUAUUUUUUCCUUCUACGUAUAGUGAAAACUGAAACAAAACAAAUUUCGGUUUGUGUGUGUAUAGUGUGUGUAUAAAGACGACACGAUGAAAUCCGAUCGGUCAAAUUGUUCAUAAUACAUAAUAUUAUAAGAGUAUAAUGUUAUUAUUUUUUUUUCUGUCCACGAUGUAUUAUACACACAUAUAUAAUAUUAUGUUCCGUUAUAAUAUGAUGUCUAGCCGGAAAUUCUUAUGACCGUUUUGUGAACCGUCGGUGUGUCAUAUGGAACACGAAACGGCCGUGAACACAAUAAUAAUAAUAAUAAUAAUGAAAUGACUACUUGCCAUUUAUAUAUACGAGAAAUAAAAAUGUGACCUAGUCAGAUUUAAAAUGAGAAAAAAAACAAUUUUUGUCACGAUUCUUAUUAAAUAUACACCACACUGGAAUAUUGUAAUAUAAUAAUAAUUGUAUUUGCAAUUUAAAAACCGGAGUGUGCGCCAAGACAUACGGGGUGAUUGUUUUAUCGCGAUGUAGCGAUUUUUAUUUUUUUCUGGAAGGUUUGAAAUAAAUUCGAUUUUUUUUUCUAAUUAUUAUGAUGUCGUUUAAGUUUUAUUUGAACAAAUUUUUACUCUAAUCUAAAGGUAUGAGGAUUGACAGUUGAUUUUUAAAUGACAACUUUCUCCCCCUUUUCGACACAAAUUCGAAAAAAGAAUAUUUUACCAACAAUUUUGAUUCGCAUAACAAUAAUAUUAAAUUAGUACCAUCUAUGAGUUAUAAUAGUUGAUAUCUACAAAUAAUUUUUUCUAAUCCGAUUGUUUGAAAAGGAAGAUUUGUUGUUUGAACAUCAAAAGUCGAUACGUGUGUAAUACUGAAUGAAAAGGGUAAAACAUUGAAUCUGUUAUAAAUAUGAUCAUUGGAUAAAACGACUUAAAAAACCCAAAAUUAAUUUUGUUCAAAAUCUUCGGUAUAGAUAUAUAUCUUUGUUGGCAGGCUAGAAAAGCUUGAGUCACUUUUGUAUAUUAAAUAGUAUUCAAUACAAACAAAUUAAAUUUUAAAAAUACACACACUUCUGUCACUUAGGGAAAAAGUACACGAAAAAUUGCGAAAAUUGAUUUAAGCCCUUCCCCCCCCCCCCGAGAACAAGUAUAUAUAAUCGUUGGAUCGUGAUUAAAAAAAAAAUAAUAAUAAAAAAAGACCACUGUACUAUUAUUGUGUCGAUGUCUGGCAGGAUUCGUGAUUUAUUUUUUUAUCUACUUAUAUAUUUUCUUCGACAUAAAUAUAUAAUAUAUUAUUUAUGUAUAUAAUUAUGCACUCUACUUACUGCGUAAGCAAUAUAUUAUAUAUAUAUAUAUAUAUAUAUUAUAUACAUCCGAGACCGCCUGCUGACUCGUGACGAUCGAUUUUCGUCGUCAUCGUAGUCUGUUUUCUGCGGUUAUAUUCAACAACUUUUUUUGCUUUUUAAUUUUCACUUCACUGUACAAUACAUAACUAUAAAUAUAUAUAUACCUAUGCGCUUAUAUUGUUCUAUUGGGGCCGUCUAAAAUACUAAUCGCAAUAACGAAUAUUAUUCGUUCUGCGGAUAAAGUUAAUUAUGGUAUUAUAGGUUUAUAACGUCUGCAUCUCCGAUACAGUGCCCGCUGAAAAAGCGUUUUAUUGUGUCAAUCAUCCGUGUUGUUGUUUUACGUUGUAUUUUUUAUACUUGGAAUUUUGAAUUUUCCAUUAUUCGCUGUAUAUAAUCUACCCAUAGCUAUAAUAUAUAUAUUUAGCUGCAUAGUGUAGAAUCUACGCGUAGUAAAAGUUUCAAGGUUCGUUCACUAGAACGGAACAAUAUUUGAACUUAUAAUGGAUUCUCGCGGGAGGAUUAUGAAAUAUUUCAUAGGAGGUCUCUCCCCCUUUGUUUUGCAAAUAUUUUUAUUGAAUUUCAAUGUUUCGUGGGCACUUGCUGGUAGGAAUGUGUUCGUGAAAAUAAUUUUUCAUUUCCCCCCCCCCCCUCCUUCCCCUAUCUCUGCGAAAGUUUUAUGUUUAAACUUUAAACAUUAUUUAUAAUUUAUAGGUAGUAAUUUUUUUGGAAAAUAACUUUUAUUUUUUUUUAAAAAAAAAUUUGAAUUUGAAUCUGUAUUUUCAGCGAACGCGUAUUAUUAUACUAUAUUUUAAUAUUAUUCGUGUACGUUAUAAAACUUCAAAACUUAUAACAUUACCGAGUUUUCAAUAGAAAAAAGUUUGAAGAAAAUGUAACUUACUAUACAACAAUAUUAACCGUAAUGUCAAUUCAUUAAUUUAUUUCAAUACAUAUGAUUACUGGACCACCAGUAACCUGCAGCAACUAUCAAAAAAAUAUUGUAGUACACCCGCGGUUUUGGUGAUUUAGUAACUUUAUAGUAAAUAAGGGGCUCGCAGUGAUUGAGUAUACUUUUAUACAGUACCGUGUCUAGUAAACUCGGCACCCGGAGAAAGAAAAAUUGAACGACGAGGAAAAGAAAAAGCCUAAUAAGCAGUCCUUUGUAAGUUCACUGACAUACGUGUAUUGUAAAAAUAGUCAAUCACAGAACUUUACGAAUUUUCAUUGGCGCCCCUAUAAAGUCACAGCGCCCGGUAUACGUGGGCUUCUCGCGCACCCCCCUUGGCAAUAGGCACGUUCCCGCUUAUCGUAUUCCAAAACUUGUUACUCUUAGAAAAUUAUUACUAUUCGUUGAUGUCCCACAUUGAAUUGUCGACCGUAGUUUUUCAGCGUGUGAAUUCGAACAUUCGGAAAUUGAUAUUUUGCCGGGUCUUUUCUUAAUAUCAUGCUGACGGUUUAGAAAUCAAAGUAAAUAGACAAUGUUUCGAUACCGCACGAUAAAACGAGCAAAGGUUAUGUCUAUACAAACGAAGUUCUAUAUCUACGUUUCCGAUUAUAAUAUUUAUUUAUCUGUUUAUUCAUAUAAUAGUAUGUAUACUUAUAACCAAUAUUUGUAUUGUGUAAAUUUAAAUUGUCACCGUCCAUUUAAAACAGGUCCCCUUCAAAUGUUAAACAAAUAUCCCAUGUAUAAUAUAGUAUUCGUAUUAAAUGAUAUCCCAUAUAAUAUUUGUACAAUAAAUAAAUAUAAUAUAAUAUUAUAAAUUAUACCUACUAGUUGCUACAGUAACAUUUUAUUUCUAAUUAAAAUUUUAUAUCCGAUACAAAUAUGAUAUUACGUUCUUGUAUUUCAAAAUAUACUUUCGGCUAUACUAUAAUGUAUUUCGUUAUAAACGGAAAUGACGUGGGUGGGUUUUUUUUUUUCUAGCUCCGAAUCGUUGUCAUUUGAAAAUCCGUCGAUAUUAGUAUGUAUAUGUUAUAUGUAUUUUGUUUUUUCCCCCGUAUGCGCGCGGAGUCUCGCAUAAUUUCCCCUCCGAUAAAGUUCGCGAAAUAUUAUGCGUAAUACUAUGCUCGAAUGAUUAUUUAAAUUUUUAAAUUAUUAUACUGAAUAUUAUAAGAGCUGUGCACGGCUAUAUGGCCGGCCGAUACUCUAUACGCCGUACUUUAAAUAAUAUCGGACCUUUACAUAUUUUUACAUAUUUUAAUUCGUAAUUUGAAGAAGAAAAAAGCGUAUUGCGUACGUACUAUUGCGCAGGUACCAAGUAUCUGGUACAGGUAGGCGAUUUCUCAACGCAUUCUUACGUAACUGUGUGCGGUUCUGGCGCGUGCUAAUAUAAUGUAUACCAUAAUAUUAUACUUUUCCGGCGACGGUGUUUUUUUUAAAUAUUUUUUUCGCUGCUGCGAAUUUAAGUCUCCCGAAGAAUUUUCGAAAAUGUAUUAUUCACAAAUCAGCGGCGUUUCCGCGAUAACGCUAUUGAAGUCGAAUAAUAUUUCGCACGGGAGAAACAAAUAUGCAUUAUUCAUUGAUGCGAUCGCGGGACACUCGUACAAUUAGUAGUCGUACAUAAACUCAUAUACUUUUAUCUGCGCGCGCAAAAAACGUGCGAUACAUAAAUUAAAAAAAAAAAAAAACGAAAAUGAUUGCAAACAAAAAUGACAAUAAAAUGUACGUCGUAUUUUAUAUUAUAUCGGACAGGGCGGAAAAUAAAAUACGAGAUUGACACCGUAUUAUUACGAUAAGCCUGUGAAAUAUAUUUGAGUAGUAUAAAACCGAUAGAUAGGUAUUUGAUUAAAAGCAGGGUUGAAACGUAUAAUACAGUAAAGUAUAAACAUACAAUAUGAAACUAUCAGUUGUGUACGUUUUAUAUUGUAUACAAUUUUUUUUUUUUUUUUUUGACCGCAAUUGAAUUUAAUCGCCGUUUUAUGUAUUUUAUACUAAUUACCUAAGAUAUAUGUGAUAAUUUGUUAUAUUACCUAAUUACAUCUUUAACUACAUUAGUAUUUAUAAUACCGAAAAAUAAUUUGUUUUGUUUUUAUUUUAUUCUAAAUUGAGUAAAUCCACAAAGUUGAUGAGAUUUGUUAGUUUAUAAGUUUAAGUACUUAAAAUUUAAAAUGUACAGUAUUAUCACUAUUAUAAUAAACUUCAAACAAAUAAAAAUGUCAGUCGUUAUAAAGUUUUAUAUGUGUAUAUUACCAACCCUGAUUUUAAGUGUUUUCAAAUAAUUUUGUCAAACAAUAACCGUUUUUUUUUUCAAUAUUUGUUUAUUCUUAAACUGAGUUUGUAGCUGAUGACCGACCACGAUUGAUCGAUUAUCUUAUAAAAACGUUUACGUUGGUGAGAACAGACCUUAAUUGAGUAUUUCAGUGGACCAGUGUCCAUACUAGUUCCUAUACUAGUGUUCGAAAAACUGUCGAGUUUUCUAUAUUAUAAUUAUUAUAAUUUAUUUUAUAUCUGCGCAUAUUUGUUCAAUUAUCACUCAACCCUAUAGUACGUACCUAUGGUUCUAAUAAUACUUUAAAAAUGAUAAAAGUAUGCGCAUUAUUUAGGGAGAAAACAAAAUGUUAAUUUGUCUUUUUUCUCCGCUGUAUACCGGCCGUUAUAUAGUUACGACUAUUUCGACAAUGUAAGACACACUUCAUUUUUUUUCUUUCUUCCCCUGCAACAAUUAUUUUUUCGAAACCGUCCUUUUUACGCCGUUCUGUACUUAUUAUUAUGCAAUGUUUUUCCGCAGUGGAUUGUGAUGAUAGGCCUAGAAGGAGGCACCAGAAACGGCGGUGCCACCACCACUAGUUCAGCGCGUCAACAUGCGGCUCAAGCGAUGGAAUAUUACAACAGCAACGUGUUGCGAGCUCGCACCAAUGCCGGUCUAUCGUCGACACGACAGCAGAGGUCCACCCAAGACCCGUUGUACCGGAGCAACUCCAGCUUGGAGCUCACCCAUCACACAGCGGACUAUCACCACCAUCACCAGCAGCAGCAGCAGCAGCAGCAUCAUCAUCUUCACGGCAACCAUCACGGCGGCGGUAGCACAGGUCAUUUUGGCGGCAGCACCGUGGUUUACGUUGAUUCCCCGCGGACCGACCGUCCUCUCAUCAGCCCGCUGUUGAAACGCGAAUACGGCAGCCACGGUUCCAUAGACGUCAUAUCUUCGGACAGGAACUCAACCGGCCGAGCGUCCGCCGGCGAGAACUUCUUCGCCCUACUCCAAGACUACCGGCCGACUGUGUUGGACAUGAUCGACGGAAAUAGUGAGUUGCAACUACACGAUUGUGUGGCGAGAGUACAUUUUAUUAUUUAUGUUUAGUUUUUACAAUACUAUGUUAAAUUUCUCGUUUUACGUAUAUACAGCCAGUAACGGACGAGAAUUCGGGUAUCGAGAAAUGCCUGUUGACACUCCACCGGACGAUCGUAUAGCGACUGCCGUUACCUCGAACAACAGCUGCAGUGGUGCGGCUGCGGACAAAUCAUCGACAACCUCACCCCAAGGACCCAACUCCAAUAGUCCGAAACUUAGACUGAAGUUCCACAAGUUUUGGGGAGCCAAUAAUAAGUUCUCCAGGACCACGGACGACGCCGCCGGAUUGUCCGUUACUUCCACUGCUUCUAAUAUGGCAGCCGUAAAUUGUACUGAUUUUGCGGGCGAUGAGCGUCAAAAGCGAAGAGGCUUCGCGCAUUACGACGUCCAAUCAUUAACAGCCACCGUAGGAUUGGCCACGAAACUCCAGAACAUGUUGUCCAGAAGACGAAAUACGGCCACCGGCGCUUCUGCCGCUUCCAUGUUGGCUGCUCGGUCGUCCACACCGGACAGUGGUAACGAAGACCUCGGCGACGGGAAACACAACAAUUUACUAGACAGGUGACAAAAAAUUCAAAAUUCCUUUGUGUAAUAAUAUGUAUAAUGUAUAUUAUGUUAAAAUGUUUUUUUCACUAUAGUUGUCCAUUUUUCCGAAAUGAACUUGGCGGCGAAAGUGAACGAGAAGUAAGCCUAACGCAAAGAACCCAGGCCGGACAAAUAUCUACUCUAAAUAACGGAAAAUUAUACCAUAGACCGCGUAUGGCAUACGGUAUUUCAGUUCUUGAAUUUAAAUCGGGAAAAACGCAUUGGAAUGAAGGUAUCUGCCCUGAAAACUAUUCCAAAUUGAUUGAGACUGUUGACGAGGGUGAUUUAUAUUAUCGAGCGUUUUUCUUUGGUCAAGGUAAGAAAACAUAUUUAUUAUUGAUUGUAAACAGUGAGAUUUUUAAAGAAAAAAGUUCUUAUUUUUAUUAACUGUGUUUUUGUUUGAAUUUUUAUUAUUAUCUCGUGAAUUUUGAAUUUCAUUAGCAUAUAUUUGUAAAUUUUGAAUUUUAGUAAAAACUUGUAAACCUAUUAACUAAUAGAUUUAGCCUAGAAAAAAAAAAAUCACAAUACAAAGUAAUGUGUGAGAAUAAUGUGUUUAGGCCAUAGAUUUGUUAUUAUUGAACAUUUAGAGUAAUCAGAUUGAACAGCACACUACACCCCACAACAAUUUUCUCUAUUAUAGGUAAGAGAAAAAAAAAAAAGAGAACAAAUUUGCUAAGAAAACUCCGGAGAAAAUGGAAAAAUUACCUGUUUAAAGUACCUCCCCAUUAAAAUUUCCUUUCAAAAUCAUUGCUAUCAUUAAAAGUUAGAGCAAAAUUGCUGGUAGAAAAGUUGUCCACAGAAAAAAAAAAUCUUUGUAAAAUUAUAAGCUUCUUUGCUCCACUCAGAAUCUAAAAUGUAUAUUCUUUAUUAUUUAAAUAUAAAAUGAAGAAUGUUGGAUUUUUUUGAGGGUUUACCCUCAGUUUUAACUUUAAAUAUCCAGUAACUAUUGCUACUUUUAAUACUUAAAAACAAAAUUUAUUUCAAUCAAUCAACUAUAAAAAAAACUUAAAACAAUAAUAUUGAUUUCUUAGAUCACCAAAACUGGUUUGGAACAGAUGAAACGUUAGGACCUGUUGCUAUCAGUUUAAAAAGAGAAAGAGUGGAAACAGAUUCACCAACCAACGGUUGUAGUUCUAAUCCAUCAGUUAUGUUUAGAUACCGAAUUAUCAUACGAACAAGUGAGGUAAAUAAAAAUGUAGUAAUAUUAAUUUGUUUCUAUUAUAUUAUUAAUAUUGGGAAGUGUGGUUAUUUCGGCCAUUAAUUAAUUUUGUUUUUUCAUUAUAGUUGCAAACACUUCGUGGUUCUAUUCUCGAAGAUGCCAUUCCAAAUAUCAAACCAUCCAGUAGUUCUAAACACAUAAAUACAAAAGAUGUUCUAGAAUAUAUUGUUCCAGAAAUCCCUCUUUUAUGGUAAAAUAUAAGUUAAUCAUCAAAUAGUUUUUCUAAAUAUAAUAAAAUAUGAAUCAAUAGUUUAAGAUUGGGUGUUCAAAGUACUCGAGUAGAAGAAUUAUUACUAGGUCUUGACGAACAAGGCAUUUCCCAUACAUACAAAGUUGGAGUAAUGUAUUGUCGGGCUGGACAAUUUACUGAAGAACAUAUGUAUAAUAAUGAAGAAGCCGGUCUAGCGUUUUAUCAGUUUAUGGACAGUAUUGCUCAAAGAGUACGUCUUAAAGGCUUUAACAAAUACAGAGCAGGAUUAGAUAAUAAGAGUAAGGGAAUUUUAAUUAUAAUAUUAGGAUGUUUUUUUAUUAAUCAUGUUUCAUGUUUUUAGCUGAUUCUACUGGACUUUAUUCAUUCUACAGUCAAUUUCAAAAUUGUGAAAUCAUGUUCCAUGUGUCUACCAUGUUGCCUUUUACUCCAAACAACAGGCAACAGGUAAUCAAUUUUUUUUAUUAUUAUUAUUAUUUUUUUUUUUAUAAAAUUCACACUAACAAUUUGUAUUUUAAAUUAUAUAGCUUCUUCGAAAGCGGCACAUAGGAAACGAUAUUGUUACAAUUGUAUUUCAAGAACCUGGAGCUCAGCCAUUUUCUCCAAAAAAUAUACGUUCUCAGUUCCAACACGUGUUCAUUGUUGUUAGAGUCAUAAAUCCUUGUACAGAAAACACUCAGUAUAGGUAAUAAUAUUGUUUUUAAAUAAACAAAAUAACUUUUUUCGUAAUAUUUGUCAAUUACAAUAAUUUUAGUGUUGCGGUUACACGGUCUAAAGAAGUUGAAAUGUUUGGACCUCCAAUUCCCACAGAAGCAGUGUUCAAAAAAUCCAAAGAAUUUAGUGACUUCUUAUUGGCCAAAAGUAAUAUUGAUUGAUUUAUUUAUUUUUCCGUGAAUUUUAUUUUUAUAAUUAUAUUUGUGCUUCAGUUAUAAACGCAGAGAAUGCUGCUCAUCGAUCUGAAAAAUUUGCUACAAUGGCAACACGCACAAGACAAGCAUAUUUAAAAGACCUAACAUCAAACCAUUCAACAAAUACUACCAUUGAACCUGUUCAAAAAUUUUGUAAGUUAUUUUAUUCUUUAGCUAAUUUUUAAGAUUAAUUUUAGAUUUGGAGCAUAGCGAGGAAUAUAUUGGUUUUACUAUGAUAUGAUUUUUUUUUUUGUGUUCGAGCAACUUUUUUACCAGAAAUCUUACUUCAAUCGAAAAAUAUCGAAUGACAUUUUUGGCUGCAUUUUGAAUUUAGUUGAUGUUUUAAGGUCAUUUUUUAAUUUUCUAAGGAGUUUUCAAAAUUAUUGGCAAAAAAUUAGAAAAAUAACAUUUAAACAAAAUUGGAAAAUACACAUCUAAAAAACUGGAAAAUUUACAGAAAGAAUGGUUUCAUUAUUUUCAAUUUUAUUUUUUGUUGUUAUUCAGUUAAAAAUAUUUGUAAAGACUUGACAAAAAAUGUAUAUUUGUCUUUUCUAGAUAUGGUAAAAUGUUUAAAUCAUUUUUGAGCUAUUUAUAGACAUUUUAUAUUUGCAAGUUAAAAUAACCUAAUACAUCCUAUAGUCUCAACUUUUCAUCUACAAUGCGCCUCUAUCAGCAGUAUCAACUCUUUUUAUUUAUUUUUCCAGCAAUGUUAUCUUUUAGCAGUAAAAAAAAAGAAAGAUGGCGUCCUAGAUUUCAACCUGAUGCAUCACAAAGAGGUGCUAUUUGUUGGCAAGUAGUGUUAGAAGAAGGCAAUGGAGUAAUUGGUGGACACUGUCUUCUGGCCAUAUCUUCUGAUUCCAUGGUGCUUGUUGAAGAAAAUAACCAUGACAUAUUACUUGUUAUACCUUGUAAAUCUAUAUUGGGUUGGACAACACAAACCAACAGGUUUGUUCUUUAUCUUCAAAUAUUUAUUAAUAUUAUUGUUCUUUUAGUACAAUGUAUACAUAUUUGUAGCUUAAGAAUAUAUUACCAUGAGGGAGAAUGUGUUACUUUACACAUGCAUGAAGGUUGUAGCGACGGCGAUAGAGACGAGUUGAUGGAAGUUGUGGUCAGAUUACGAGCAGUGACCCAAGGUUCUGUUGCUCAGGAAUUGUCAUUACAUCGUAACUCGUUGGGACAACUCGGUUUUCAUGUUCAACCUGAUGGUCUAGUCACACAAGUGGAAAAAUCUGGACUUGCUUGGGAAGCUGGUCUCCGGCAAAACUCUAGACUUAUUGAGGUAAAAUUUUAUUAUAAUAUUAUUUGCCUCUCGAAAACAAAAAUGUUUAAGUUGUUUUUGAUCUCUAUAGAUAUGCAAAGUAGCUGUUGCUACGCUCACUCAUGAUCAAAUGGUGGAUUUAUUGAAAACUAGUGUUCUUGUUACAGUUACCGUAAUUCCACCUUUCUCGGACGGCUCACCCCGAAGGUUUGCAAUGCCUCAUAUUUUAUUACAUAGGAUAUUGUAAUUAUUGUAUAUUAUUUUUAUAUAUGUAUUUAUUUAUAUAUAUCAGAGGUUGCCAUAUUGAAAAUUGUUCCUAUCGUGCUGAGAGCAGCAGUUCACCAAAGGGAUACGAGAGUGAGUAUGAAAAUGUUGCUGGAAUAUCAGCCACAACUAGUCCUAGAAAACAAACGGCGUUACAACAACCUGUAACUGGCAAUCAUCGAAAAAUGUACGCAUAUUGAUAUUGGUUGUCAAUAUCUCUUGAUGAAUUUUACAUAUUUAAUAACUAUAGGUUUUAAUUAUUUUUAGGUAUGAACGGAGCCUAUCACCGCCUAGAUCCAGCAACAGUUCUGGUUACGGUACUAUGGGUAGUAACAAAUCCUACACAACACCCAUAGAUUCUCGUUUUCCCCAAAAUCCUGAGGUAAUUUCCAUAAACUCUACACGUUUUUGAAUGUGAAGUUUAAACUACUAUUAUUUUUUUAUUUUUUGACGUAGGGUACAUUGACGAGUUCAUCGAGUGGCCAUUCAUCUGACGAUCGUUGGUAUGAUUUAUUAGAGGUACCAUUAGAAGAUCCACCUCCUGUACCAACCAGAUUGACACCGACUUCAACUAAAACUCAUUCCAAAGUGCACACAAGCAAUUCAUUACCAUUGUCCACAAUGAACAAUUCGUUUUCUGUAUAUUCGGAUCCACGUAGUAGUAAAAACGUUCCUGCUCAACAGUUUGAUUAUAUUAACAAGACUCCUGACCAUAACCAUGAUCUCAACAGGCAAUUUGAAGAACGCUUAGAAACACCCAGAAGGUCAACAAAACGAUUGGUUAAGGUUAGUAAUGCUUAUAAACAAAAUUAAUACAAUAAUUGUAAUGUACUAUAUCCUUAUUGUGAGAUACUGUUAUGUUCUUUAUAGGCUACGAGUGGCCCAGAACUAGAAAAAACAAACACUUUGAUCGAUGGUAACCAUUUUAAAAAGAACUUAAGCAACGGAAACAUACCGGAAACUCUAAAUGAAAGAAUGCACGUUGCUAGUGAAGGUAAUAUUAUUGUUUGUUACAAACAAAUUAUUUUUAUCUUGAACUAUUUUAACUUAUUUUUUUACCUUUUCUUUUUGAAGACGAUGUGUCUACGAUUGGAAGCAGUAGUACCGGCUCUCCUCACAGUCACCGUAAAAGUUUAAAAAAUAAUGGCAGCCGUAACCAAAGUCCUCGUUCUGGUUUAGAUCGAGGUGAACCGAGACUCAGGCCAGGUAUUUCUGGGCGAAAUUCUAAUGCGAGUAGUAGACUCAGUGGUAACAUGAGCACACUACAAGAAGAUUUGAUGAAACUAAUAGAUCCUGAUUAUAAUUUAGAUUCAUCAUUCAUUGUAAGUUUUACAGCUUAAUCAUAAAAAAUUGCUCAAAAACAUUAUAAAUUAUUAUUACAAUCAGGAUACAAACACGGCAAUAAAUAAGAACCCUUCAAGAGAAAAUAUAUCAAAUGUAGAACAAGGACAAGUUAUUUUGACUAAAGCUCGCCCUGCCACUGUGAUAUCUAGUGCUCCAAGUCCAGCUUUGAGUGAAAUGAAACCAAUGAAUCAAGUUGAAAGGUAUAUUAAAAUAUCCAACAUUAACUAAAUAAUUUAAUUUUUAAACAUAUUACAUACUCAUUAUUCAAUGGUUAUUAACUCAACCUAUUUUGUUAAUCAAUAAGAAUAAUAUUGAAAACAUAUUUUUAAGAAAUACAUUCUCGAAUGAACAAAUUAGCAUUUUACUCAUUUUAUUUGUAUUUAUUUUUCCAGUGUUGCUGAUUUACCACUACCAGAUACGCCGAUUGAUCGAAUGAAUUGGAAAAUUCUUGUGGAUACAGCUACUGAAGCGUUACGGAAAGUAUCAGCUGGUGCUCAGGUCAAAGAAUCUCCAGAAAAUACUAGCAAUGAGAAUAGAGAUCAUAAUUGGAGUGGCAUGAAUGGUAGUACUAUAUUAAAUUCGUCUGUCACAAACAAGUAAGUAUUUCUUUUAAUUUGUUGACAAAUACCACAGUAAGUUGUUAAUUUAAACCAUAUCUUUACAUUUACCAGAACAAAUAUGAGUCCUGAAGAUUUGGAAAUGAUGUUGAGAAAUGAAAUGGAAAUGCGUAUGGAAUUGCAAAAUGAGGUCAAACACUUACGAGAAGAAAACCGCCGGUUACAAGACGAAUCAAACAGUGCCGCACAGCAACUCAAACACUUCACCCAUUGGUUCUUUCAAAACAUCGACAAACACCCAGACUGAAUAUGCAGUGGUUUAUAUUUUUUGUUUUUAUUAUAUUAUGUUUUUAUAUAAAUAUUAAGUGUUUUACUAAAAAAAAUAAUGUGUACUAAUCAGUCACAAUUGUUACAAUAUUGAACUUCUUGUAUAUUUUUGAAUAGUUGAAUUUAUUUUUUUAAGUUAUUAUGUUCAAAGUAAUUGCUAUUUAUUUUUUACUAACACAUUACAUUGCCAAAAGACUGUCUUUUAUGUUAUUUUAGAUUAACUACCUAUACAUAGUUAUUAUUAUUAUUAUUAUUAUUAUUAUUAUUAUAUUAUGUAUUUUGUAAAUUUGUUUGUCGAUAUAUUCAAAGUUAAUAUGUUUUACCAAAAUUAUCGGCCCAAAUAAUCAAAAUCGUAUAUAUUUUAAUGUUUGUCAUUUAUUAUUUAAUAAAGAACAUAAACUCAAAUAUUUUAUGUUUUUACUUUGCGAGUUAAUGGCUAACAGUAUUAUCAUUAAAGUUACUUAUAAUUUUUGUUUUAACUCGUAGCGUAAAAAAAAUCAACUAUUGGUAAAAGACAAAUGUAUUAAUUCAGUACCUACAUACAUAACUACUUAAAUUUAGGAGGUAAUAUUUAACUUAUAGUAUGUUGUUAUAAUAAAUUUGUUUGUAUCUUUUUCGUACAUAUUAUAUACACAAAUAUUAUAUAUAUAUAUAUAUAUAAAUUACUACUUUUAAAAUGUAUUAUUUGUAUUAUUAUUAUUAUUAUUAUUUUGUUACAGAUAACAGUAUCAUUAAUUUAUUAAUACUUAAGUUCAAUAUAUUGAUUUAUUUAUUUUUAAAACGAACAAUAAUAAUAUUUUUAUUGUCUCUAUUGUUGUGCCUUUCAAAAAAACACCAAGUGUAGGUAAUUUAUCAUAUUAUUGUAUUACUAUUAUAAAUGAAAUUAUAUUGUUAUUGAAUUUAAUAUUGUUAAGCAAAUAAAACCGUUCACAUUGUAGUAAUUAUUUAUGUAACAUUUAAUUUUUUUUUUUGUAAUUUUAGCAAUUAUAUAAUUAUUAUUUUGUCAAUUUUAUGCACAUAAGCACAUGAUCAUAGAACAAUGAUACUUAAUAUUGUUUUAACUGAACUGUAUGUGUUCGUUCAAAAUGUACAAUAUAUUAUUGAGUUGUCAAGUAUUAUUUGCUUACAACAUUAAAA